CGUGCUGCGAGCCGCCGCGCUCGCCCGACAUCACCACCGCGCACCAUGAAGUUUAUCCUAUUGUUUCUGGCGGUGGCCGCGGCGACGGCGACGACUUUGUCGGCCGACAGCGUGACCGUGUUCCGGUGCUGCGACCGCGGCGAGACGCUCGACCCGUCCGACAUUCACGGGCUGUGCGCCGUACUGCCGGCCACCGAGCCCCUGGACUUCUCGCCGGCCAUCUACGACGUGUACAGCAACCAGUUCCUGGCUCCCAACUCGACGCCGCCGCCGUACUGGAACAUGGUAAAGGCCCGGCCGCAGUGCCAGCCGGCCAUGUUCCUUCCCGCCUCGCCGAAGGACAGCUCGCCCCUUUACGUGUCGUUCCUGAACGGUUCGUUGUGGGUGCAAGACUGGCCCAAGACGCUCAUCGACCCCGGGCUGUUCUGCCUGGAUCGCGGCGGCGCCCUGGUGUGCCAACCGAAAAAACCGAACAUGACGAAGAAAUGCUGCGGGCCGUCGGCCGUGUACAGCGAAGUAAAAACGGCCUGCGAGUUCUACGACAAGCACGACACGGAAGACCUGCCGAUCGACCUCACGUCCGGAUUCCCCCGGUGCGACGAGGAAACGUUUUUCAUGACGGGCCGCAUAAACGAAUCGCACUGGCCGGUCGGCGACAGUUGGUCGAGCGGCGGCACGCUCCGCACCGUGGACGGCUUGCUGCUCCAGCCCCACGAAUACUGUCUGGAGCACGUGCUCGAGGAACCCGAGCCGCGGUCGUGGACCGUGUUCACGUGCGCGCCACCGCACGACCGCGAACACGUCACCAAGAACUACCGCGACGACAUACGGUUCACGCUGUACCCGCUGGGACUGUUGCUGUCCGUGUUCUUCCUGGCCGUCACCCUGGUGGCCAGCUGCAUGCUGCCCAGCACGUACCACGUGCUCCACUGGAAGUGCCAAGUCAACCACGUCGGUUGCCUGUUGGUCGGCGACCUGUUCCUGGCGUUCGUCCAGCUGUCCGGCGACUCGUUGCGCGGCGGUUCCCUGUGCGUGUUUACAGGUACGUACGCCGCGCGAAUACACACCGAUAACGUUGUCGUAACAAUAAACGCAGGUGCGUUUGGGACGGUGGGUGCGCGACAAACUUCGUCGCGAAAACCGCUUUCUCCCGACGCGUUAUAUUUACUAUCGCCGUCGUCGCCAUCACGAGAAAACCGAGACCGCGGCCGCGCUCGUAGCCGUGUUUUCACUCUUUCGACCCCCGGCCCCCCCGACCGUCGCACGCGCUAUUAAAGGUCCGCCGUGUUUACAAUAAUCAGUGCGAUGUGUGUGUGCCCGAGUGUGACGUUAUUGCCGGGGCGAUCCGUCUACACGGCGUUCGCAUCGACGCGUACAAAUAAUUUGUCCGCUGCGACGUUCACGGCGCGUCGCCCCCCCCCCUCCCGAGGAAUAAGUGUAAAUUCGACGGCAUUUAUUAUUAUUAUUAUAAUUUUUUUUCUUUUUCGAUAUUUCGUUUCGUUUACCGUCCGCGAAAUCGACAAAACGAGCCCCCCUCCCCCCCCCGGUUACGCCCCGCGCCAUACGAGUGCAACGCCAGUGUGGGGUGGCCGGACCCUCUCCGCGUCUCGCGCACAAUAAUAUUCAUUACGCUCGCCCGGCGGAAUCGGGGUGACGCCGCGGCGGGGCAAAAAUAACAAUCGCGGUCACAAAAGAACGAAAAAUAUUAACAAACAAAUGCCGUCGCGCACGCCGCGCUACGUGUACGGCCGCGGGUUGUACGCGUACACGGUGUGCCCACUUACUCGUGUGUGCCGUGCGAUUUUCGAUUUACCGGAAUGCCGGUGUAUCGUCAGCGGUAUUAAAUAAACGGACACUGUUCGCACGACGGGCGGGGGCCGCUGUUGUCGGCGAGAAGUCGCAGGGACGGCAGGAUAUAGAGGGGAAUUUAAUUUAAAUCUGUACGCGACGGUAAACCGAUCCGAAGCGAAGUUUCGUUUUAUACGCGCGCGUACAUUUUCCCGGUGUUCCCGACCGUUAUGAAAACCGCUUUGAAAAUCAAAAAAAAAAAAAAAAAAAAAAACGACCUUAUCACCCGGAUUGAAAUUCCCAUUCGGAAAGAAACAAAAAAAAAAAAAAAAAAACCGCUUGAACAUCUUUAACCGGCAACUACUAUCGACCAAAACUACGAAUCGUAUGUUAACGAGCAACAUCGAUUCCCGCCAUCUCCGCGACUACUCAUAUGUUUUUUUUUUCUUUUUUCUCUCUUCUGAGAUUUCGCGUGCAUAACAAUAUCGUCUGUAUGUCCAAACAAGCCCGUGUAUGAAAUAAUAUUAAUUUCCGAUGAAAAAAAUAAAAUAAAUAUCGUUUAGGCGAUUAUUAUCAACGAUUAAACACAAGGUUACGAGCGUUAGAAUUUUAACAUUUUCACUUUAUUAGCUUUAGUAGCCUAACCGAUUUCCCCUCCCCGUCCCGUUCGAUUUACACAUUGACUUCUUAGACAACAAAACGAUUCGAUUUCACGUUUUCCUAUAAUUUUAACAAAACGUUGAAUUCGCAAUCUGUGUUCAAUAAUUCACUCGAUAAUACCGUGUCGCGCGUGUGGAUUUCCGAGUUUAAAAUUAUCGUUAUAAUUUUGAUAUUCCCGGAACGAAUAUCCCGCAGCGAUCGAGCGCGUGUUUUUUUCAUUUUCAACGGAAAUCACAAAGUCCCCGGGUUCAGACAAUAAAAACUCUAUUCACCGUAAACGGCAGUUACCGCAAUUUUACUCUCAACUGCGAACCGGGGUAAUUGGGUAAUUGGCGCCGGUUUUAUCGAAUUUUCUCAGAUUUCGAAAAAUUUAAAAACGAUUUUUUUUAAUUUUUCAAUCACCACCUUGCGUAUGAGAUUUUUCGACUGAUCUACCGCCCGCCGAUGAACGGAGCCGUUUAUGCCGGCGAAAAUGACUUUGCGGGAAUACGGACGACCCGUUGUUAACGUAAUACUAUUCGGCCGUUUCGUUUUUAAUUGAUACACAACAACGUUUCGCGGCUCGCGUGAAACGUCGACUUUGCAUUCGGCUUAAAACAACGGCAUGGAAAAAGUUAAUAAGGAGAAGUAAAAAAUCGCCCUUUUUUUUUGGGAGGGGGAGGGGCGUUUAGUUUGUGAUGAAAACAUUGAAAAACAGAGUUGAACGCGAGCUGUGUAGUGGACGUGUCUUCGUUUUUGCAACGGGCAAAGCAUAAUCGUCGGAAUCGAAUCGCUCCGGCCUAGGCACGAGAUUUUUUUUUUUCCCCGUAGACCGUGUUUUCGAGCGAAAAACGAAACAAAACCCCACGCUAGCACACCGGGCAAUCGAUAAACCAUUGUCGAAUUUCGAAUUUGUUCGGUUCGACCCGUUUAUAACAGUAGUAGUUAUUAAAACGACAAUAAUUAUGUCGGAUUUUAACGCGUCGACUCGUUAAAUUAUUAUUGUGCGUAUCCGUCCACUGGCCCGGCCUCGAUUAACGCGACGCUGUUAACGCUGCUGUUAUUUGUGCUGCGUACGGGUACCCAGGCGACACGAUUGCUUGCAAGAGCCGUUACGAUAUUACGGAUAAGUUGGUUUUUUUUUUUUUUUCCUUUUUAGCAAGUCACGGAAUAUACGCGCACAUAGUGCGCGGCCACUGCCGUUAUCCGAUUUUCGAGUUUCGAUUAUUGUUAUUAUUAUUAUUAUUAUGCGCGGAUAAUAGAAUUUUCGUCGUUAUUACGACGUGUUACGAUGACGUAUUGUCGUGUGAUGUCGUAAGCUGAUAAAUACGUAUAGAAAAUAAAAGCGAGUUUUUCGGUCUUACGACGAGUAUUAUUUUAUUUAUUUUUUUUUUUCUGGUGGCUGGUAGGGGAUCGGACCCGCCCCGACCGGCGGGGGUCGGUCAUAACGAUACGAUACGAUAUUGUUUUUAACGGUGCGCGGCGAGAAACGCGUCGUUCGGAAUAGGGAUAUUUUUUUUUUUUUCUAAUUUCGAUAAUGUCUCUGCCGCGUUCGUACGCGUAACGCACGGUCGUAAAUAACAGACCGUCGAGGGGACCGGAAGAAGAAUAUAUUAUUAAUUUCGUCGAAACUCGUCCUUUGUCGUAUACCCGCAUAAUUGGUCCACAAAUAUCAUAAAUAAUCCAGCGAGAGUUGAUCCGUCGCCGGUCCGGCCGCCGCGUCUUGUGAAAUGUUUCAAUACAACAACCGACCCUCUUUUAAGCGCCUCCCCGCUCUCGGCGCCCGAUUUACCCGAUAACCGGAUUUCGUGUACGUCCGUCCGUCGCAGUUUCGCUUGUCGUGCCUGUCUCGCGAAACAGACCGCAAGGCCUUUGAAAUCGGUCUCGAACGGUUGUUUUACGCGAUAUCAACAACCGUAGACGCCGACUGCAGGCAAUGAAUACUACCACACCCGACGGUUUUCGAACCUGUAAAAACAGUUACAGCUAUUUUAAAAAUUAAAAUAUAAUUACACUAUUUGUCGGACCGUCUAUAAUCCGUUGGGUAUUUAGAGAACUAUUGUAAAACGCCUUCAAAAUGUUCUCGUAUGACUACAAAUUAUCGUAUCGCACAGGCGUCUCACCUUUAAAAUCUGUUUUCAAAGGUGUUUUCGCGAACACAUUCUUCCCGCUACAUAUACCUAUAUCGCUCGUUAUAAAAAGACAAAACCGACAAAUGUCACCACUGUGACUGGGUCUCAGAUGCACUGCCGUCGUGGUUGAAAAUACGCGCUAUUUCAGUUGUAAAUUCCUAAUGAGGGCCCGUGUUUAGAGACGUUAUCGUAAUUGACUUUUCCGAUUUUUUUCUUCCGUUCACACCUUAUAGAUCGAUAUUUUAUAAACGAGAAACGCCCGAUAAUUGGAAUGUGAAAAACCCCGGCAUUCCGAAUUGAAUUUCGAAGAGGACACAGUGUCGACUUGUGCAGAAAUUUAAGCGAUAUCACGCGGUAUACGCAGGACCGCGGAUGCCGAAUAUUGCACCCGGUUCGAAAUUUCAAAACUCAACGCCGAACGACUUUUACGGACUGCAAUCCAGUAAGUGUUUUGAUUAUCUCUGGUGUUUCCGCGCUAUUAUAGGCAUCCUGAAUUUCGAAUUGUUCGUUAGUUUCUUUUUAACGCGUACACUAUUAAUACUACACGUAUAAUUUCAGGGCGUUUUGUUCGCCCGCCCGGGUAAUCGAGCCCGAACCGUAGGCACCGCUCGUCCCUCUUCGCCGCCACGACCCCGGGCGUGUACACCGCAUUGCUUAUUACCGUAUUGUUAUUGCGUACCCGAUAAUAUUUCUCGUUUUUAAUCGUAAUAUUCGAUUGUCAGUAAUUAUUUUCAUUAUUAUUGCGUUGCGUGCGACCGCCGUUCUAUCGGCGUGCCAACAAUAUUAAUUAGCGUUUUUAAUCGUAAUCUCAACACUCGCGGAAAUCGCCGUUACGUUGUUAAUUGGCUCGACCGGCCGCCCGCAUUCGAUUGAUGUAGAGACCGAUAAAAAUCAUAUACGCAGCGAUUGGACGAGCGACUGGCGCAACAUAAAAAGUGACUGGUCGCUCUUUGCGCACGUUUUCGCGCCCUAACCCAACCUAACCUAAUGAUAACGAUUCGUCCGCCGUUGCGUUCUUGUACCGUAUCAAACAUAACCUAACCUAACCCAACGGCAAACCCGUAAACGGUAUAAGAAUAUAUUUUUAUCGAAACCUAACCCCUGAACCGGCGGGGGGCGUUGCUGUUGCCGGCGCGGGGCCGCGCGUAUCCCGUUCCCGCGCACCGUCGCCCUCUACCAAAGCAUCCGUACCCACAGGUUACGUUUUUCGCGCUGCGACGGCCUUAUGAGCCCCGCCGCGGAUUUCGAGUUCAUUUUGCGAAAUAAUUAUAUUAAUUAAACAAUAUUACAGACAGUAAUACACACACACACACACACAUAUGUGUAUACACUCUAAAAACAAACGAAAUUCCAAUGAAUUUCCCCAAUCACUUUCCGGUAUUGGACAAAACGGGUUCGUUUUUUGAUUUCUCUACAUAACGGUAUUUUUUAGUAUUCAGUUCGAGUCAUGUGUGUGUGCCGUGGACGUAAUCAAUCGCUGAGCAAUGUAAUAGCAUUAGUGAUUUCCUGCGGUAUUAUAUAUUCGAGCAGAACGCGGCCUGCGAUUCUUAUACAAAUUUCCCGAAGCCCCGUGGAUGGAAUUUCAAACCGUCUCGGGUUAUUCAAUCGCGGAAAAAUAAAUUGACCGGCCGUAUACGUACGUAUAGGUAUCGAAUGUCGAGUUCAAGGAAGCUGGGUGAACAAUAACGCGCGUAAACUUGUUUGUACAAUGAAGGCCAUAGACAUUUUUCCGGAAUAGGUCGAAUAAAUUCAAAACGAAUAUAGUUCAAUGCAAGAAAAAAAAAAAAAUAUUUUUAAAAGUCGGUACAGGAGACGUGAGAAACGUUUCUCUCCCGUCCCUUCACCAACUAAAAGAAGGCCCAAACAAAUUCGAAUUUUUUAUAACGUGCAGGAUAUUCUAAAGUCUUAAAAAGUUGCAGCAAUAUUGGAAAACUCGAUUGUUUAAAAAGCGCGGGGACGAGUCGCGUGACAAUUAUUGAUAGGGUACGGUUUUAAAUCAACGUGCAUUUUUGUGACAUUUUCAAAGUGCUUAUAUGUUUUAUUAGGUUUUUAUAUUUUGUUGUUGUUAAAAACGCACUUAGGUGGUUCAACAUUUUAUCUCAAGGAAUUUCGUUUUCAUUAUGUAAUAUAUGUGUUUUUUUUUUAGGUGUUAUUCAAAAAAAAAAGAUUUAUUCGACCGAUCUAUUUACGAUAUUGUUUGUAUCCUGUGUGUAUUAACGACUGUCGUACGUCACCCGCACUCAAACAAAAUGCAACAACUGUAUUAUGCAUUUCGCGGGUUUUCUGUUUUCGGAGCAUUUUAGCGACGGUUCAGUAGUAUGCACAUAUCGGUGGUGUUUUGUUGUAAGAGCGCAUGCCACUUACAGUCUUACAGUCGAAUAAAUACGCUUUUGGUAUCAAAAAAGUUAAAUUAGUCGGUAUACUAAGUCGGUAAUGUCCAGUAAAAGAUAUCCAGGCGCCAUUUUAAAAUAUAAUCAAAUCAACGCUGAUUUGUUGAAAGGGCGUAUACCGCAUUCGAUGCGUACAUAUACUUUGUGUACAAACGUAAUUUAUAGGUUUACGAGUAAUUUUAUUGUUUUCCGCGACAAACAUUAUUAAAAACUGUUUCGAUGGUUUUUUUUUUUUAUUUUUUUUUCGCUCCUUGAAAUUUGAUAGACGCCCCUUUUAGCAAAACGCCGCCGACACGGACCCGAGUCCCGUUUGAUCGUAUACGAUACGUCAUGAUCGUGUAAUGCCGAAUAAUUGCAGUUGUUUUACGCGAUGAGACUAUAUAUGUAUGUAUGUGUUACUGCAGCAGUAUUAUUAUUACAAUAUUAUCGGCGAACCUCUCGCGCGGUUUGGUCGUAUUCCAAACGGUCUGCUUUUCGUUUUUAAACUUUCGGCGGGCCCGUCGUCGUGUACGCAUAAAAUAUGUUGUUUUACACACGCCGAGCUGACGUUGGACCGGAUCCAAAGCUCUGGUUUGCGUUUGUGCCGACGCUGACGCUAACGCCGACGAUAGGUAUGCCCGCGGAUCCUCUGCGGUAAACGUCUAAAAAUGAAAUACUACGAACAAUGCCGAGGGUAUAAUUAUUUUUUUUUUUUUUCUCUAUCAUUUACGCGCCGACGACGAGAUCCCGUGCGUCAAUGUUAUUGUUAUUCGUCCCGGGUUUAACGAUUUGUACGCAGAUCAAGUUCGUCAACUGCGGGCGCGCGUCCGCCGCCGCUUUGGAGAAAAACAAAAAACUUCAAAAAGACGCCACGGUUAUAAUCAUUACUAUAGUGCAAUUAUAUAUAGCCGCUCACCGUGUCGUGUACAGUGUCGCGGCGGUUGUGUUUUACGCCUUUUCCCGGAAUCCCUGGCCCCGGCAAGCGAAAUGCCGAUAUCCGUUGUAAUUAAAUCCGAUAGUAUUGUAAUUGACGACGAUAAUCGAACGUUUCACCCGCGAUCCGUCUUCGUCCGCCGAUCACCAAAAAAAAAAAAAAAAAAAACGAAUUAAUGUACGAGUGUUAUUUUGAUUAUCGUGCGACCGUUACCCUCCGCCCAAUAUCGCAUAAACAAAUAACUAGACGACGGCAUUCCGUACGAACGUAAUAAUAUUCUGUUAUGAUAAUAAUAAUGUAAUCGGUUUCGAUUUUUAGAAAACGUUACUGAUACACACUGUAUUCAUUGUGUUGUACACAAUGUUAUCUCGGAGUAAUUAUCAGUAUUGUGAGUUUGGAAAAAAAAAAAAAAAAAUGAAAAUUAAUUCUAAUUGAUACGGGACACGUUAUUAUUGUAAUAUAGAGAUCCCGUAUACAAUACAACGAAUACUAUUUCGUGCAUUAUAUUUCAAAGCGAAUGAUUUAUGGGGGUUUAAAAUUGUCAAAACAUUUUUACUUAGAGGUACCUAUUGAUUUUGUUCGUCGAAAUCGCGGACAAAUCGAAUAAAUACAAAAUAUGUUCGAGGAAUCGAUAACAAAUAUACAUGGCUAUUUUUUUUUUCUCCGUCGAAAAUAAUAAUUCAAUUACCGCCCAAUUUAAUAUACACAUACAGGGCGAUCAACAUCACUCGUUAUCUCGGAGGGUGUUGAUGUUUUUUAGAACGUUUAAGAAACGAGCGGAUCUACAAUGUUGAAUUUCCGCGAUUGACUGUCCCCCUGGUUUUCGGGCCGCCAAUCGUUUUUGAUUUUAAAACAGCAACCUAAUAUUGUAAUAUAAAAAUUUCACAUUAAGUAGGUGAAAUUUAAGUUCGACUUAAAAAUGCGCGUCGUCAUAUUUUUAGACAUUUCGAAUAUAGGUCACUGUUUGAGAAAUUUGAACGGACAGCGAUUUCACCCCCCUCCCCUCCUCCAAACGAAGGUGGCGAAAAUGUAACAUACAUUUCAAUGCCGCGCUUGUCUCUAAAAUGUUUUAAAAGACAAAUUUCGAUAGAACUCGACGCUUUCCGAAAUAACGAGUGUUUUACGUUAUGUCGAUCACCCUGUAUGUGUGUGUGUGUGUGUAUACAUGCGAGUAUAAUACAGUGUAUAAUAAUAACGUGUUUACAAUCGUUUUAAUCGGUACAAUACGAGUUCGAUUUGAAUAGGAUUUAGCGCAAAACGUUUUGAACGACGACGGUCGAUUUUAAACCGAACUUGACCUUUUUAUAAACGAUAAUAAUGUUGUACCAUAUUAUUAUUAUCAAUUAUAUAUUUGUCACCGCCGAUAGCUCGUUAUAUCAAUUAUUAUUAUUAUUAUUAUUCUAUACCCGUACAUUGUAUAAUAUUUUUUUUUUUUCUAAAACGCAAUGAAGCGAGCACGGUCAAACGCUAUCUGCGCGAUAUUUUAGACUACGUCAAUUUAUAAACGUUUAUCCGUCGCGUUACAAGAAACGUGACGUCCUUCUUCUUCACAUUCGGGAAAAAAAAAUAAUUUUUCGACUUAACAGCAGAGUUUUGUUACCGUAGACAGGUCAGGUACCCUUUAUAUAAUAAUAAUAAUAGUAUCGAGUUAAUCCAAUGGUUAAAAAAUAAUACAUUUCGGCAACGGCGGAGAAAUAUUGUGAAAAACAGAUCUUCCACUGUUGUCGGUUUGAACGCGAAAAACAAAACAAAUUAAAAUCCAAAACCGCGAAAAAUCGCGUUUAAUUACCGUGAGGGGGAGGGACGAUAUAUAGAAAUAUGAAUACUUCCCAGGUAGGUAUACCGAUAAGGAUAACUGAAACCCGGUGUGUAUAAAAAAAAAAAAAAUCGCUUUGAAUCGACUAACGUUCGCGCGAACAAAACGCGUACAGUUUCGACGACUACCGGUCGCGUUUGUGGCUGGGCGGCGUGUAGCGUGUGUACACGUGUGGUGUGCAACUCCAUUCAUACAACGCGAACGGGUCCCGUAGUAUUAUAAUAUUAUUAUCGUACGCGAGAUGAAAGAAAAAAAAAAAAAGAGAAAUUUAAAUUUUUUUAUAAACGUCACGACCGAGAACCCCACCGAGACUUGUAGCGUAUAUGCACACGCGAUCGUAACGCGAGUACACCUGUGUAAUAUAGAGAAAUUUCAAACGGAAAACAAAUAUAAUAAACAAAUAAUAUAAUAUUCGGCCGAAACAAUGAACGCGUGGGGUAAAAGUACACGUCAUAAUAUUUGCGUUUAUAUAAUAUAUAAGAAAUCAUACAUUUUAAGAGUUGUCGCGUGAUUGUCGUGGCCAUUUAAAGAACGAUAACACGAAUCAAACGUUAAAUCGAUAAUCUCGAAAUUCUCGAUAAAAUUGUGUGUCGCACACGCCAGUCCGAUUUGUUUGUUUAUUUUUUUUCCAUUCCGAGUAUACCGCUCCGUUUUAAAAAAUGCAAAAUGUUUAAAAUCGCAUCGUCGAAUUGAGAAUAAAACAACCUUUUAUAAUUUAAGAGUUUCCCUUUAUUUUUAGAAUUUAAAAUGUUUAAAUCGGCAUACUCCGGUGUAUUUUUCAUACAUUUUAGAUUCUGAAUGUAUUAAUUUUGUAAAGAGGUUUCUUUUUUUUUUUUUUUUUUUUUUAAGGGGAAAACUUUUCCUACCAUACAGAGCGUACUCCUCCGAUUAUCAAGUUAACACCUUUUCCGAAUGGAAAUGUUCACUGGAUGGUACUACUUGAGACGGGUAAUUUUUUUGAAAUUCUCAUAAAUAUUCGAGAUAAUGAGGAAAACCUAGGUCUUUAGGUUAAAAAAGAUCGAAAGAUUAGAACUAUAAGGCUUUUGGUUCAAAACAUCUGUUUAAGCGAAAAAAUAUUCCACGGUUUACGAAUAUGUACCUGUAAGGAGUGAAAAACCGGCGUUUUUACUAGGACGCACCACACACGGCGAGACACACUGUACACAUCGUGUUGCGCGCAUCGUGGUGUUGUUCGACGACUGUGGCGCGCCCGAGUAAUAGCAGCUGCGACGAGACGACUAUUAUCGGUACGCGCGGCCGUCUCGCGCAAUUAAAAUAAUAAAUAAUAAUAUAAAACGGAGAUCGUCCGGUCGCCGCGAGUUUCGUGCCGUAGAACGAAAACGGGGGGGAAAAAAAAAUACUACAAAUUUCAUCUGGGAGGGGAGUAGUGGGAACGAGCAAAACGACGUCGAUUGCCGACCGAUCGCCAAACGUGUUUUCGUAGCGUAUUUUCUUCGCGCAAUUUCUUCUUCUUUUUUUUUUUUUUUAUUUUCCUCUAACGUCUAUAAAACGCUACCUACCGACAAUACCGAACGCGUAAAGUAUUCGGUGCGAAUCACGCAGCGCGCGACGUCUGUGUACGCGCGGUCGUUAUUAUUCGUCGCAUCGAAAAAUACUUUUCCGACAUUCCGCGGCCGAGAUGGCGAAAAAUCCGCAUAGUUCCGCCACGUCCGUCCGUACAAUGCCAUUCGGGUUUAUGUAUCCGUCGUUUUGCCGCCGUUUUCGACGAAACCAGAACGCGUACGUAAAAUCGGAGAAUGAAAAUUGUAUUUUUAGCGCCCCCCCCCCGCGCGUGUGUGUGUGAAAUACCGUCGGCAAGGUCAUUUAAAUUUCACUAAAGGUUCUUGUUUUAAUAUAAUUUCACGACACUUUUUCCGCGGAUCAAUGUUUCGCCGCACGUAUAACAAGCUGCUCAUCUCGACCGUAACGAACGAUAAAAAGUUCAACAAAACGGUUCUCCGUGAACACUCCGGAAGAAAGUCGAACACAAUUCCAUUUGGCGACCGGUUCCGUUAGCGCCCGGCCGGUUCUAUUUCCAUUCGGGUUGUUCGCUCGUAUUUUCGUACCGUUUACGGUGCGAGGAGUUCCCUCGGAAAACGACCGUCCCGACUACGCGAACGCGGCGUCGUCGCGGACAGAUACGCGGGGCGUCAAUAUAACAGUCGCCGGGUAAAAAUUGCCGGUUUUCGCGGGUCCCGUUGCGGCCCGACCGCCACCCGACGACCCGACGGCCGGUUCGGUUUUCGCGCGUUGUCGCCAGCGUACGGCGAGAUCGGUUGGCGCGAGCACGGGAGAAACGCGCGCGACACCGCGGCGGCCGCGUUUUCCGACGGCGAAAAUCCUCCGGGUCCGACCGCGCGCCGUUAUCGUAUUCUUCCCGUCGUGCGCGCCGAUUUCUCCAAAGUCACUUUUCGCCGCCGUCGCACGGAACGAUAAAAUAUUACGAACGAACUGUAGGCCCGACACGUCGGCGGCGGCGGCGUCGGCGGCGGAGUGGACGUCCCGCGCGGUAGUCGGCGACGCGAUAAUAUUCCGGCGGUAUUUCCGCGACGGCGGACCGGGUGUUUUUGAUGCCGCGGUGCCGUCGAAAGUCUUCCGGAUUCCCGUCCGGCGGACGCGUUAAAGCCCAUGGCCGUGUUCAAUGACGCGCGGCUGACUGCGCCAAAGCAACCGGACAGACGUGGAGGAAUGCAUUAUUAUUGUUGUCGGUCGCGAAAACAAACGAGUAUCCCGGCGUGUUUCGCGGCGCCCGUCUGUUUCGAAUUUUCGAAAACGUAUUGUUUUUUUUGUUUUUCGCGGAAUUCGGGCGUCAUCGCCGACGGUGUCGGUCCACGGCCGUCCUUCCGGCGAGUGUACAAUAUUUCGACCGCCGAUAUAAAUGGAAAUGUCUUCCGGCGAGAGGUUCGCGACGCCCGCGAAAAGCCGACCGCAUAACUAACGAUCCGAAGUAGAAGAAAACAAAUUGGAAUUGUCGACAAGUGGCGUGUAAAACCGACCCAGGCCGCGAUAAACGAAUCCGCGUCUUCGUAUUUUUCUCACCCGCCAACAAACCGUUCCCCUACAAUAGGACCGGUCCUAUUCUCCAAUCGUAUAUAAUAUUAUAAUAACCUCAACCCUAUCCGACCACGUUUUACCGGGUCUCCAUCGGGGUUUUUUUUUUUUUUUUUAAUCCGUAUUGCCGGGUUUCGAAUUCGCAUAACUACUGUUGUGUCGUGUUUAUCAUUUUUACGCGUAUAAAGCGUUCGAGCCAUUGCAAUAACUUUUACCCCGUGCACUGUGACCGCGUCUACCGGGCAGCUGCCUCCUCAGAGAAUUCUCGACGAUUUUCAGGUAUACGGUAAUUUUUAAAACACUUUCUUCGAAUUUGUUUGGCCUCUGCUACACCGAGACAUUCAACGCGUUGUGUUUAAGGGCGAAAUCUCCGAAAACGGCAACCGAGCCGAACGAUUUCGCGACAAAACUGGCGUACGCCGGGUAAACGAUAUAAGUUAGGGGAAAAGAGGAAAGUAUACAGGGAACUGAGCAAAAUUUGAAAGCUUGACAAAUGUUGAUAUGGGUGCAUUUUGUUUUUCUUUGAGAGUACGACGUUUCGUUCUCUUUACGAGAAGAACCCCCCUAUCCCUUUUUCUUUUGCUCGUCGAGUACUGCGUAUAGUUAUUGUCGUGAUAUUUUCUUAUCGCGUCCGGCGGACGACAGGGAAAAUCGAUUCGACGCGAACGAGAUCUCUCGGCUGACGAGACGCGGACCAACGGCUGGCGGGCGACGAAGGGGAGAGGGAGAAUGGAUAUGGUAAUUAUUGUUGUUGUUGUUAUUAUUAUUAUUAUAGUACUGCUACAACGCGACGGUGGCCUUGUAAUAAUGUAUUGCUCCGACCAAGAAUGCGGUACACCGAGGAGUCGUCGCGCGUACAACCGGCGGCGGCGGCGGCGGCCUUACACCUCGAUCCGAGCGUAUCCACCGCGGGCUCCCCUCUCGUCGACUAUAAAUAAUAAAAAUAAUAUUUCGUGCGGGUCGGCUGUACACAUUCGUACACAUUAUUACUCUAUGAUACACACGCGCACACGGGCGCGCGCGCGCGCCUGCACGUUGCGUGCCGCCACCGUACCCAUUUUUUUUUUUCCAUGCCGGGGUCUGCUGUCGCGCGUACCGCACACCGUAUACGCGUACCCUCCGUCCCCCGCCCCGCCUGGCUGUACCGUUUUUCUCGCGCGACGAAUCCGUUUCGCCGAUUUUCCGCCGUCGGUUAUCGGCACGCUCAUUAGCGUCGCGCGGCGCUGGCGUGUUUAUUGUGCGCCCGCGCAACGAUAUUCGCGCGUGUUUUCUGUACGCGCGCGCCCCGUCCAAUCGCAACGUCCCCUGUGCAAUACCGAGUUGCGACGACGACGCAAUAAUAAUUGUUCGUCAAUAUUAUACGAACGGUAAUCGUUUUAAACGGCAAGCGCGACGCGUUCGCGUGUUAUAUUUUUACCGUAGCGUUUCGUCGUGAACGCCGUUUUCGAAGUCACCGUCAAAUCGGGAAUUCCGGACCGUUAUAUAUUUCGUCACGGGCGAUAACAGAAUUAUUGUCAUUAUUGUUAUUAUUUCCCCCCCCCCCCCCCCUUCUAAACGAUGCGUUACGUUCAAUAUUAUCCGGACGACAACGAUUGGCCGUUAUAACGAAAUGCCAUCAAAAUGGUAAUUUAUUAACGGAUACCCAUAAAAAUAUCGCGCGCGUAACUAUUAAUCGUUGAGGACGCGUGAUGCGCAAUCGAUUAAAUUCGAAUUGGCCCGUAGCGGCACCGGCCACCCGGACUUCCGACCCGUAUCGGUACGCGCCGGCCCCGGCGUACGCGUUUUUUUUUUGUUUUUUUUUUUCGGAUAUCGCGCGGACGCGUCGUUCCGUGCCAUAAUGAUAACUAAACAGAAUAUACGAUACCGCCGACCGCGUACCGUUAUUAUUGUAUCAUUCUAGUUGUGCUGCAACCGUCAAACGUGCGUAAUUAUGCCGUAGCACAAUGACUACGACGUGUCGUCAAACGCGCGUCCGGACUUCGGAAAUUUCGACCGCCUGUAGUAUUGGCGUUUGUACCGCGUCCCCGGCGAUGUCGUACCUCUCGCACUACACCGUUGACCGGUGUGACCGAUCGGAGUGUGACGUACGGGAAAACUCAAUCGUUUUCGUCGCCGUUUUCUUAUAUACAUGGCAUGUUACUCGUCGUAAUGUUGGUUUUGACCCGGAUCUUUGUGCGAAAAUGUGCAACAACAAGCGCGCGGACGGUUACGGCUUCGAUGUAACCAAGUGCAGCACCUUUUCCGAAUAGCGAUUUCGUCCAGUCGAUACCUUACCUAAAGGUCAUUUUACGAUUUUCAUUAUGAUUGGGAAAAACUGGGACAAAACGUAGGAAAACCCGAUACAUUUAUGAAAACAAUGAUUUUAUUUUUUUUUUUUCGGCUGUAAUUCAGUUAUAAAUUUUCGUAGAGACUUUAAACGUGUACAUAAAACUCAUAUUUGCCUUUCCUAGACGCGGUAAAAUUUUCAAAACAUUUGAGCCAUUUUCAAGCUAUUUAUAGACAUUCACAUUUCGCGAGAUUUUUACGUAAUUUGUAUUCGAUAAGUACUGUGUAGAUAAAAUUGUACGAUCAAAUAGAAAUGCUUGAAAAUUUAACAGGAAUUUCAUUUCAAGUUAUAUCUAAUAAUCAACAAGAUAAAUUUGAGUUUAAUGAAGUAUUUUUUUUUAAAUUUUUUUUUUUUAUAAGAAUUUCAAUAUCAAUUUUUGACGAAAAUCGUAAAUAUUACGGCCUUUCAACACAUGUACAACCGAAUUUCACUCAAAAUCGUUUUUCGUUUCAUACACAGAUAUAAAUUAAAUUCUCUUAUAUAUUCUACCCUCCCAAAUUCUCACCUACAACAGUGGUCCACCCAUCGUGCGAAGUAUGUCCGAUUUUCUUUAUCUUUUUAAUAAAAUACUGCAGCGAGUACCGAGAUUAUAAUAUGGUGCGGAAAUAUAAUUGUCUAGAGGAUAUUUUCAAUUUACCUUCCUGAAAAUAGUACGCAUUCAAUCGUCAUUAUUGUACCAGCAAAGACGAUUCCAUAAUAGACUAUACAAGAAAAUAUUGUAAAUCGCCAAGAUAAUAAACCGACAGAAAUAAAUGAUGUUUCGCUAUUUUUUUUCGUGAUUAAGAGGCGCCACGCCCGCGUAUUCUGUCUCGGUUUAACUAACGGGCAACAUAACGCAACUAUGUUAAUUAGAUUGUUGAUUGAGGUGUUUAGGUUGAACUGACAGUUUAAACACCAAUAACAAAAUUUAAAGACGGGAAUAUUUUUCCGCAGCUGUACGCGCCAUUUUUCCUACAAAAUUGGCACAUGAAAAAAAUUAAAGCUAUUAAAAUCAACUCGGCUAUAACUUUUUUUUUUUAAUGAUUAGCCCUUGAAAACAUUUCACUUUUUAAAUUUUGGUAUUUGUAUUUAAAACUCCACAUUUUCACCGAAACGCCACAAUACUUAAUCACAAGUCACAUGAUUUCGUUAUGCAGUCGGACUGAGACAGACUGUACUUUUUUCCCCCGCUUGCAUUUGACCGGAUACCCUAACCUGACCCUAACCUACCCUACCCAAUAUAACAACCCUCGAAUACAUUAUUUCGCUCGCGUUCGCCAAAAUAAUAAGUACCGAACCGAUACUAUUACUAUGAAAUUAAUAAAACAUAAUAAUGCCAUUAUGGAUACGUUUCUGGUUUCGGUUUUAUUCCGAAUGGGCACUCGAUACGAGUAGUGGGUAGAAUAUUUCAUAUUGCAUAAUAUUAAUAUAAUGCUCGCCACGCGUAAAAAAACAACAAUAAUAUUAUAUCGCUCCAAUAAAAAUUUUCGAAUAUUGUUUUUUUCGAUGGCGUGUAGCGUAUUAUAAUAGGUGUAGCAGUAUAGCGUGCGGAGAAUAUUAUUAUUAUUAUUAUUAUUACGAUAUUAUGUUGUGCAUCGUCCGGGCAGAUGGUUUCAAUACAAAGUCUAUAACGCGAUUUCUAUUAAAACUAUAUGUACAUUAAAUAUUUAUAAAAAAAAAAAAAACUAAGUGCGUUGUUUAUACGAUAAAAAUGUCGUGGCGAGAUAUCGGAUUUUACGACUUACGGGCCCACGUCGGACGAGAAACCCUAUCGCGCACAUAAUAUCAUCGAGUUUUUUUUUUUUCUUCCAAACAGAUCCCCGCCGGAAGUCCAUCUGUUUAUUCGGAGGUAGGAGGUACAUCGGACAUGAUAUAAUAAUAAUAUCGUCGCCGUGUAACGUAAUGGUAAACACGAGCUUGGAAUCGAUUUCUAAAAAAAAAAAGAACCGUUUUUUUUUUCUACUUUAUUAUUCGGAUAUAUUCGUUUGUUUCUUUAUUUUUCCAUCAAUGAAUCGCUUACGCUCGUACACUGUUAUACGCGCGCGCGCGCGCACAUAUAUUCGCGCACAGUGUGUCGUAAGGAUUGUUUUUUUUAUAAUCGAUUCGUCUACGGCCGCGGAAAUUCCUCGACGGCGGCGACGCACUCUCUCCUUCCGUCUCCUCCUUCCACCGAAACGCACACAUUACAAUAAUAAUGAUAAUACCACUUCGUAAGCACGAGCACACACCGCGUAUAGAAUACGACGAUGACUCGUGUAAAAAAAACCAAACACGCACUUUCACCCGUCGCGUUCCCGGGAGUCCGCACGCCGCAGUCCGUCCGGUUCGGAGUGUACGAUAAUAAUUACAUGUAUAGGUAGUAGGUAUACGGCCACUUAUUGUCCGCGAUCAAAACGAAUUUAAAAUAUAAAGUUAUCGACGGUGGCGAGACUUUUGGUGGAAAAGUCGUUUACAGACACGGGUGGGGGGGAAAAGCACAUGUCGUGGUAAAACCAAUAUGGUACAUUUCUCGCUUCACUCUGUAGUAUCCAAAAUAAAAUAAAAAAACACCCGUGAGCAUCAGCAGUGGCCCGUCACUUUUUUUUUUUCAGAUUAGAAUAUUUGCAACUCCGCCUAUUUCGCAUUGUGUACAGAAAUAUUCUUUGUAAAACAAUAAAUCGCCUAUUAUUUAUACGGCUACUAUUUUAAUAAUACUAUACGUUAUACGCGCUACUUCCGAAGAAUAAUAGUGAAAUUUGACCGCAAAAAUGAUUAGGAAAGUUAGUUGAAACUCCCAAUAGGUAUACGUCCUUGAUACUGUCGCCAUAUGCGCACAAAAUUUCAUCCCUCGGACUUCGUUUGGGGGCCUUUGUACAGCGGCGUUCAAAGGUAGAAAAAACACCCAUCUUGCGCAACAAUAAACGUGUUGAAAUUCAACCUAAAUUUUAUCACUUAUAACCGCAUACAAAACAAAAUCUUUUAUCUAUUAUCUAGUUAAUUUCGGUUCGAUUUAUCUUUUAUCUUUGACUAGAUUCGUUUUAAUUAUCUAUGUCUCAACUGUCAACACCGGUCCAGAGUAAUGUAUGAAAGUAAUAGGAUACAAUAUAUAAUAUACACAUAUAUGACGGACACAAGACAAAUAGUCUCUAUUUCCGGGAAAAAUCAAACUAAAAACCUACGUAUAAGAAAAAAAAAAUAUUUAAAUAUAUUUUGCAAUUGUAUAUUAUUACACAAUUCGCAUGCACAUGGACUCACCUAAAAGGAUUUCGACUCGUUCUCUGUGGCUUGCGCAAGAACACCACACGACAUUAUUUGUUCAAGCUAGUGUUUUUUUUUUUUUCUAUACUCGUUACUAAAUAGAAAUAUUAGUUUAUCAACAAAUUAAAUUUAAUAUUAUGCGUCUCACUCGAAAACAUUUAAUAUUAUUAAAAAAAAAAAAAAAAAAACCUGAUAAUUAAAAAAAAUAUUAUUCUACUAUUUGUCUUCAGUGGUUAUACGAAUUAUUUUCAGGAGAGUUUAUACAUACCCAAGUAUAUUACGGUAGUGAAAUCUUUUUGAGCAAGAUCACUUUUUAGAGCAGUUUACAAUAAUAUUACGUACACAUCGUGUCCAGCGUAACAGUAAUACGAGAUGGUCAGCUGACCGACUAUAAAAGGUACGAGCGGUCAAUUGUAUCUACCGGUCUCGUUCGAAUAAUAAUUUUAUACGAAUAGGUAUUUGAGAUAACAUCGUCGUAAUAAUCGGUCUCGGUUUUUUUUUUUUUUUACGAUUGUUAUUUAUUUAAUUUUUUUAUUUACGGAAUUAGGUGUACGGUUUAAUAAUAUAAAUAAUGCAGUUAUUAUCUCGUUUAUCGGCCGUAUUCCGCGUAUAAGGUCUUUAUAUUUAUUUUUUAUUCUAGAAAAUCGCAUUUACGUGCACUUUAUCGCGAGAUAAAAACCAACUCGCCUGUAUACGUUAAAAUCAUAUUGUCCAAAUCGUAUAAAUAAUUACAAUAAUAUUAUACACGCAAUACGAUAAUAACGUUAUUAAUAACAAUUAUUAUUGUUAUACGCACUCUCGUUAAACAAUAUUAUGAUUAUUGAUAAAACUGCUACGGUAUAUUAUACGCCAACGUGUUUUGUUUGUUUUACACGGACAAUGAUAAAAAAAACCUCACGAAAAUAGUACCCGUCUUAUAUCUCUCUCUCUCGCUCUACGUUAUAACUAUUUAUAGGUAUACAGUGUACCUACGAAUACAAUUGUUGAGGUAUUACUCACGCAUUCAGUAGUAAAAAUAAGUAUACGUAUUAUACAUACGUUACAAUACAAUUGAAUCGUGAUUUUUGUCGGGCGAAAUGUCUCACCCUGCAACCGCACACCCGGCGCGAGCCUAUGGCUAGUUAGGAGGCGCGGAGGUCCGAGAGUUUCCGGAGCGACGAGCCGGUUCUGAGGACCGCAAGCACCGCGGAACCCCCGAAAACAACGGAGCCUCCGCGCACCAAUGGGUUAGGGCCGAGCGCCGCCCAUCCCUUCGGUGUGAUGUCCGCCCGCCGAUAGACUGAGCGGGCGCCGGAGAGAGACACGCCGGUUCGCGGCCGAGGCUGCUUGGCGACGCCGUUCGACCUGGAGCCGUCGUCGAGUCAGCAUGACCCGUAACCACACGGUCGCUCCAGUGACGGCCGCCGCGAAACCCGGCCAAGACCGGAAGCCGGCCGUCGCCCCGAAAUGCUCGAGACAGAUCGGGGGCUCCCGUCAUCCCGCGGUACCAGCCACAGCACCGCUGGCGGGACGCUCGACCGGGAGCAUCGUCGGGUCGUAGCCCCCCCGCUGUCGGUCUUCCCGGAUUUGGGCGGCAUCCCCGAGCUCUGGGUAGGCUCUCUUACAUAUUAUAAUACAGUCGACACGCGGAAACUGCAGUUUUACAAAGUCAUUAUCACAUUAAACGGGUGAGCGAUCGAGGCUUAGUAUCGCGAUUGAACGGUCCGCGAUUUUGCCGUAGAUGACGAAGACGCGGAUGGGCUGUUGGAUCUUUUAUCGGACGGUCGGUUUUCGAAUUGUACCCCGGACGGCAAAACCAAAGAGGGAAGAACAAACAUCGCGUGGGCACCCCGCGUGAACACUGUCGUAACUGUAUGAAGACGUGUCUCGUCCCAUUUCAACGUUGUAUCUACGCAUUCCGUGUACUCGGAUAAAAAAAAAAAAAAAUCAUCAAACCUGACAGUAUUAUAGUUUAUAACAUAUUGUUCGAGACGAAACGCCAUUAUAAAUUUUCGCUUAAAAUUUAGGUUGUUUUGUUGCGAAAAAUGUUGUCGAAACGCGUUAUGAACGAUAACAGGUACCCGAGCGCCCAUUCGGCGGGCACGCCAUAGAACUGCGCAAUUACGUUCUAUGAUUACAGUUCGAUCCAGUGUGUAUCCAGUUGUAAUAACCACGGUCGCGCAUUUCAUUACGGAUAACAGGUCAACCGAUCAGAAUAUAUGAUUACAAUUUUACGGAUUAAAAAUAAUAGUUUUAGCAAAACGGCGACCGAAGAAAGUCUGAUCGCGUGCACGCGCGUACGGGUACGGCCGUAACGAUAUUAUAAUAGAGAAAAAAUGCGUGUAAAAAUGCGUAUCCCUAUCCGUUUUAUACUAUACGCGCCUAAUUGCCGCGCGCGCAUAAUUAUAAAUCAUUUACGAUUCACAAAAUAUUACGUACGUGCACACGGAGAAUAUUAUCCGGCUGUGGGUUUUUUUUUUUUUUGCUCUCCUCGUAAAACGGCUCGUCGCCAGUGACCUAUAUAUAUGUAUGUAUGUAUACGAUAAUAAUAAUACCGUCGUAGAAUAAUUGCACCGCGCGCGCACGUUGGACACUCGCGCCGUUCGUCCGCGCCUGUUCCGAGCAAUAACGUACCGCAAUGAUGUACUUUAGAAAUUUUCAGUCUUGACUCGGGGUCGGACGUUAUCGCGAGACGGACGAUUGUCGCCGGUACGGGUAACCCCGAAAAACCUUAACCCCGUACUAAUAUUGCGCACCGUAUCAAUUGUACGUUCGGCAGUCGAGAUUAUUUUUAAUUUAGGCGUAUUCGGGUUGAGAUACGUAACCGUUCUAACAUAUUUUUUGUACGCCGUCACCAAAAACAAUUUCAAUCUAAAUAACAAUGUAGGUAAUUGUGCGGGUUUGUGUGUUUGAAAAAAAAAGCCGCCGCCGCCGCCGCCCCCCUCUCUCUCUCUCUCUCUCUCUUGCCAGCGAGGUCCGCACGCAUCAUAAUCAAUAAUUAUCGUUUUUAAACAGUGUAAAAACGUAUUUUUCUCCCGGCAGUAUUGUACAGUCGAUUCUUACGCGUACGCAGUUCCCGUGUACGCGGUGUACCUAUCACGCGAACAAGUUACAAUCGGAUUUUAUCGGCGAACAAACGCUAAAUGAUAAACCGUAGUUCAACUCCUCGUUGUAUAUCCGAAUAAAUGUUUACUCUCACGCGCCUAGCCGAUAAGCGUCAUUAUAUUAUUGACGUGAAUAACACUAAAAAUAUCAAACAAUAUUAAAUUAACGUUCGAAAACGGUGAUUAUUUCAGUCCGCCGGACGCGGACCACAAGGAUUCGUCGUGACAUAAUUUAAAGAAUUUCGAAUACGAGUGUGUUUUACGAAGAAAAAUUUAACAAAAUGUACUGAAUAACAACGCGUUUUUCCGAAUAAAACAUGUUAAAGACGAGAAACCGAAGAAUUCAAAUGUGUUUUCGAAAUUAAAAUUGCGGACAAGCGGUAGCGAGUGAAUUUUACUCCGGCCCAUUUCGAUCUAAAACGGUUAUGUUCGUCGUCCUCAAACGUCCCACAAACGGACGCCCGGGCAAUGGGUCGGCGGAGGAAGCCUUUGUUUAUAAAAUGUGAUACAUAAUUUUCGAAUAUUACAAAAUAUUUGGAAACGCCUUUCCGACCCCCACGGGGAUACAUGCGUUUCGUUUGGAUCGCACGAAUUAACGAAUAUCUCUCGCGAUUUAUCCGUUUUCUCCGGAUCGUUUCAAAACGCCGACAAACUAAACUGUACACAAAAACAACGAUCACCGAUCGCGGUCGAAACCGUAUAAUAUAUUAAUUACCGUCGGGGUCUCUUGUGAUGUCCCGUUUACGCAGUUGAUAUCGCAAUCUAAUAUGUAAAUAUAUAUAUUUAUGUAUAUCUUUUAUUUUUUUUCCGAAAUCAUCGGUUAUUAAUAACGUUAUUAUAAUCUGAAGACGGCGAGGACAUUGAACAAUCGAUAAGCCCCGCAAUCGCGGUAAAUAUUAAAUAACGGCGACGCAUCUGUCGUCUGUAUCCGCGUCUUAUCGACAUUUUUAAUAAAACGAAAUUUCGUCCGCGCGUCCCCGUAACGGCCGUCUCGCGUCGUAUACAAAAUCAUAAAAAUGUUACCGAAUGUCCCGAUAACGUCGAAAUUAGUUCGUUAUUGUUUUUUUUUUUUUUUUUUUUUUUUUUUUUUUAAUACGGCAAGACGCGUCGCGAUUAAUUUAUAUUAUGUGCGCGUCGUGGACCCGUCCAGCAAUUUCCGAAAUUGCGGUUUCUGGCCGAGAUUACGGCCGGGCGAACGUUGUUAACAUUGUUGUAUUAUAUACAAGUCGAGUAUAAAUAUACCGUGUGUAUAUAUAUAAACAUUAAGUAGGACGUGGCGAUAUUAUUUUUACGACGGAGAAAAAAGUGAGAAAAAUCGUCGAAGUUUUCGCAGCGAGACAAACAAACGACCUACCCGUCCAAUUAAUUCGCGCGAGCCGGUCGUACGAAAACUAACUAUACUUAUUAUAAAGUAUCUCCUCUCUCUUUUUCUCUCUCUCUCUCUCUCUCUCUCUCUCUCUCUCUCUCACUCGCUAUGUAUGCGUUUUCUGAUAUUUUUCUCGUAAAACUCUGAAAACCGCUCGUUUGUCGCGUCGGCCGGCCGUAAAAAUCCGGACCGUUUUGUCCGUUUUGCAAGCGCCGAACAGUCCCCGCCGGGAUGUUUUCGUCGUAAAUUUCGGCGUUAAAGCUUCGAUCGUUUUAAAAUAAUUAUUAUUAUUAUUAUUUUGUCGCCGAGUCGGUAAAGCCGUUGAACUGUCGUCGCCAUCGCCGCGCCGCCGCCGCCGUUAUUUUUAUACAUUUUCUCGGAGAGGUCGCGCGACCCGGUCGGCGACGGACCGUCGUCAUAGUCUCAGGAAACCGCUCGCGCCCGAUCAUACCGUACUAAAAGCACGCGUAUAGUUCAACGUUUAUUAUAAAAAAAUGUUUUAAAAAAAAUUGUCGUUGUAUAUACAAAACCACAAUGAUAAUACGCUCGUACGCGUAAUUUGGCGAUUAACGAUGGUUGACAAUUUGCCCGGACUAAAUUGUUCGUGGUUUCGUGCGCCAAAACGCACAAAUCGCACCGGCGGCGUUCGACGGCGACGACACGCGUAAUAUUUUUAGACGAUUUUCUCGACAAUAUAUCGCCACAUAAUCAUAUUACAUAUAUCAGAUCGGUUGUUAGUCAAAGGUUACACGGAUCGGAUAUCCCGUGUGAUUGCGCGGUUUUCGACAUCAUAUAUACACGCGAUUUGGAUUGCGAUCCGUGAACUUGUGUGUAUAGCGUCUGCGAUAGGCUGAAGGUUAGGUUUGUCUAGGGUGAAUUAGACUUGAAUAUCAAAAGCCUGUUGAAUUAAAUACCGCGCCCGUUCUUAUAUCCCGAUCAAUUCCCGAAAUACGUUUUAAAAAUUCCUGUUAUUAUUGAUUAAUUUGAAAAUAAGCCAAAGUAAAAUACUAACGGUGAAAUACGCGUUUAAAAAUUUUGUGUACGACAACCGGCGGCCUGCGCUGUAUAAUAUUGUCUGUACAAAACACAUUUUGGUAUUAUCACUUCGACAUGCAAAAAAAAAAAAAAAAAAAAAAAAAACACCCGAACGCUACAAGUGGACAUAGCUCUGGAUAUUAUAAAUAUUACGCGCACGCGAUCGCCACUGCAGUUACCCGGAUGACGCGGGAAAAAGAGAAAAACCAAAAUGUCACCGCGUGACUCGUCCGAAUAGAUGGCGUUUAGAGUGUUCACUCGGAUGCAGUGGUGUAUUUAUGGAGGGGGAAACAUGGGGGAUAGAUAUUCUUCUUAACCUUAAAAAUAUGAGUUUAAACUGUUUACAAAUAUUGUAUGUGAUUUGCGAUUAUGAUGGACUAGACUAAAUGGGUUAGCUUUGCUGUUUUGGUGAAAACACGUGAAGUUUUCAAUCAGUUUUGCAUAAAAACAGAAAGCUAGAAAAUUGAUUUUUUAAAUUCAUUAAACAGAGUAUCAGAAUAUAAAUACUAUUAUGUUCAUUGUCAAUAAGUCUUAAGCUUACAGAAGCUGAACCCAAUUUUAUUUGGAAGAUUAUUUACGGGAGCGAUAAGAACAUUCGGUGUAUUUACACACGUUUAGAGGAUUAUUAUUCGAUUUUCGGUCCCUUAAUACUUAAUACUUCGAGAGUCUAUAAUGGCUUUAGGAAAAUAUUAAGCUCUAAAAAAUAUUAUUGCAUAUCCCCCUCAAUAAAAUCCUAUACAAAUCUCUACUCGGGUGAGUGUGCCGUGAUGACCGAAAUUUGCAUUAUUAUAUUAUGUAGUCUGGUUUAUCCGUCUUACGAACGCGAAUUAGUUAAACGACCGCGGCGGUAACCCGAGGACCGCGUAUGAUCGGCUCAACUAUUGCAGCUGAUGUCGUGAUGCUAUUGCUCGCGUAAUCGGACACCGUCGUGGGAAAACUGAACCUAACCUAACCCGUAUUAAUUAUUAUUGUGUUGGUUGUCGGCGCACACGGACAGAUCUCGAGGAAACAAAUUGCGAAUUUAAUGAAGACUUCGGAAUAAAAAAAAAAUCUCCGACCAUUUUUUCGGAAAACUAUCGUUUAAAAUACAAUAUUAUGGGUACACAUCCAAAAAUCGCAAUAAUUUUAUACGAGUAGGUACCGUUUUUUUUUGUUAUUUGCGUACGUAUCAAUAUUAUAUAGUGUACACGGGAACAUAAUCGAUUUAACAUGCACUUGAUAACGGGUCCGCCGUAAAUUUUACCGUUUUUUUUUUUUCUCGCACAAUAUUCGAAAUGCACUGCAGUUAAGCGGUUUUAGCGUAGGUCCGUCCUAGAAAGAAAAAAAACACCGCUGUAUUCAUACCUAUACCGAACCUUCGGCUUCGAAAAUUUUCGAAAUAUCCGAAUUAUUGUCGUCCGUAUUGCCAAAACAUCGGAAUGUAUUAUAUGAUUAUACAAUCUACGGUUAUACGAUAAUAGUAAAUAUUCUCGUACGUUAAACCGGAUCGUAUAAUAUUAUUAUGAAGGAUGCAUUUCGACUUUUUCGAAUGCGGUAUUACGAACAAAAUCCGAAUCGUUCGCACAAUAUAAUACGAUUCAACAUCGCGGCUGACGUAUACUUGAAAAGUCCCCCGGACUCGACGCAAUCGCAUACGUGGAUGGUUAUGGGAACCGAUUCGGGUCGCGGCCGCAAACAUUUUGAAUGUUUUUUUUGGAAAAAAAAAAAAACGGCCGUCUCGCGAGAGAUCCAAUGCGGGGGUCGGGUAAAAUAACAAUGCCGUCGUCGUCGACACGGUUCGCCGGGCAAAAUAUUAUACGCCGCGGAUGCUUUUCCGCCGUGUCGCGCGACCGCCCGCGGGAAACUGUGUCGACGGAACAAUGUCAUAAUAGUACGCCGGGUAACGAUAUUGAAUAAAAAUAAUAAUAAUUCAUCUCGCGAACGGUCGCGUUAUUUAUCGUCGUCACAGCCCGGCAAGUCGGCAACAGUAUUAUUUGUAUAGCGCGGAAGCUCCGCGCGACCUAUUGUUGUUUUUUUUUUUUUCCGACGGCGGAGCCCACGCCGCGUCGGAAUUGUUGUACGCGUAGGCACGAUGAAUACGGUUUGGUUUUUAAUUUUAUUUUUAUUUUUUCACCCCCUUACCACGAGUCGCCCGCUGUCGGUUACCGCGGUACACCGGCAGGUAAUUUACCCGGAUCGCGAUUGUGCCGGUAAUGUGCGUGCGUGUAUACGUCUCGGGUCGCGGACUCGUGUCGUCGCCGUGUCGCGCGGAAUUCGAUUCGUUGGAUUGUGUGUAUAUUACAUUACAGCUUGUGAUUACGAAACGACCGAUGAGACGUAUAUUGCAGCGCGCCUGUACGCGAUUCGAACGGUAAACGCGGGGAUAUCUGUAUAAACAUUGAUAACAGGCAGAUAUCUGCCGGUGAACGCGGGGAUAUCUGUAUAAACAUAGAUAACAGGCAGAUAUCUGCCGGUGAACGCUAUAGCCCCUCGAACGCGGUAACGUGGAACGUCUCGGUGCGCACGCGUAUUCGUGAAAAUAUAGGUACGCGCGCGUUUAAACGUGACGCGGAUACACACGGGUGAAAUAGAAACACGAAGUGUUCUAUUUAGACCGCUAUAGUAGACACGAUCGAAAUAUACCUGUACAAUAUAAUAAGGCGAAUUCACGAACCGCAGACCGCAGUGACCGUGUCAAACGUUUGAUAACAGAGAGAUUCAGUGUAUCCGUUUAGUAAGAUGGCGUAGCAAACGAUUAACCCGAUCGUAACCAAAACUAAAGUUGAAUAUUACUUGGUUAUUUAUUUAUUUUUGUUUUUCGUGUGCGAAUCACGAUAAUUUUGUAUUAAUAAUUAAACGAUUAAAUGCUUUUUACUUUUGUAGCGCUUAAAGGUUACAUGUACCGUGGUAACGGCUGCUGUCGAACAAUACACACGUUUGAAACAUUAAUACCACGGUAAGAUGAGCCUAUCAGAAAUAAAUAGUAGUAGUAGUUCAUAAGAAAUAAAGUUGAACAUAAUAUAUUUCGGUGUCAAUUUAUAAAUCCAAUAAAACGAAUUUGUUCUUACAUUGUGUUCGACUCGGCCAUGUAAUAGAUAUACCUAAUAUAAUAUUGCGCGUGUAUCGUUUGUAUACAUAAAAAAAAAAAUAAUAAUAAUAAUAAUACAAUUCGCGAAACCACCAACAGAGAGGUUUUCGACCUCAAACCGUGAUCACACAGUCGAACCACUGUGUGGCACCUAUAUAAUAUAUACAUGUAUAGUUUUAUAUACGAAACGAAAAUGAUCAUUGACAUAAUAUAUAAUAAAAAAAAAAACAGUAUUAUAUUUUAGAAAAAAAAAAAAAAAAAACCGGUCGCUCUGGUAUAUUAUUAUGCAAUCUAACGUUUUUACAGCCGAAAAUGUGUUUCAGGAGGUUAUAGCGUAUUAUUAUAUGCGGGAUCGGUUUAAUGCAGUGCUAAUCGCAUUUAUUUUGAAAUUUCAGCGUACCAUUGACCUUUAUAAUGGUGUUUAUAAAAAUGUGCACAACAUAGCGUAGUUACAGUAUGUUACAGUGCAGUGCUGCUAUAAUUGUGCAUUCACAAUGACACACAGAGGCGAUUCGAAAGUAUACGAGGCGCAUAGAACACAAGGAGUGCAAGUGACAUUUUAUUGAUUUCGAGAAAAUCAAGUUUAAAGUUAUUUGUAAUUAAUGCAAUUAUUAAAGUAUAUCGUCAUAUUAUCUCUGUGUUACUGUGUUCGAAUGAUAAAAAUAAUUUAAACACUUGGCAAAAAUAGAGUAAAAGUAAAGAUACAGAAGUGUCUUAACAGCUAUUGUGGGCCCUUGUAUCUAUUUACUUCUAAUAUGUUAUGACAUUUAAAUUUGAAGACUAUUUUAAUAAGAUAUUAUUAGUAUUUGUUGCUAGAUCGCAACUGCAUGACAAAUAAUUUUCUUAUAUUUCUUUACCACACAAUAAAAUUGAAUAUAUGUAUUUCAGCUGUGCUCUUAACUCGGAUAUUUUAAAAAUUGUCACUUACACCCCUUGUGUUCUAGGCGCCUCUUAUUAUAUUAUUACCUGUAUAAUAUAUUUAGUGGUGCAAGACAUACACAGACGCCCACCAUAACCCUUCAGACAAUACAUAUAUUUUUUUUAAUUUGCUUUUUCAAUGGCUUUUCACGGGAUGCUGGAAGUGAAAUUGUUUACACUUUCCAAUUCGUCGACUGUCCAUAUUAUCAACUAUCAAUGUCAUACAUAAUAAUAUAUAAAGCACAAUUCACGUAGAUCACUUUUUUAUGGGAAAAUAAAAUGUUCUACACGUUGUGAACAAAAAAAAAAAAAAUGCUCAACAUACCAGCAUCUUAUUAUAUCACUGUUUGGUGCAACAACAAUUUCAUACUCAAACCGCCUCUGUUAAAUCCGACGUACCUAUAUAAUAAUAAUGUUUGCGCCCAACAUAAUAUAUCAUAGUAUGUAUAUAUAUAUUAUAGUUUCCGACGAUAUUGUUUUUCUGGAUGUCGAAAAAAAACUAAAAAAAUAAAUAGGAACGCAUCAGUGAACUCGUAUCUUUACGGCUUUACGACAAGGUUUUCGAUUAUUUUCGGUUUAACAACUACGGCUCUAUAUACCAGGAAACAGUGUUUUUUUUUCUCUUUUUGGUUGUAUAGAAACGAUUUGGUCGUAUUAUUAUUAUUAUUUUUAUUUUAUUUUUUUUUUUUUAAAUUAGUAUUCUUCUGUUUUUGCUGCGCUACGCAUUUCGAGUUACUAUUAUACAAUAGUAACAAGAUUCAUAUACGUGUAUAAUAAAAUAUUUUUUUACUACUUUUGUUUUUUCUCGGUUCCGACCGCGACAGUGCGGUCUAACGACCUGUUGUAGUUGUAGUUGUAGUGUUUUUUUUUUCUUUUACAGCGAAACCCAUUCACAUUCUGCAAUAAUACGCCAAAUAUUCUCGGUAUUGAACUUGUGUUAAAAGAAUACCGCGGGCAGAUAGUUUGUAUGUUUUGAAAAUGUGCGGUGUAAACACACGCUAGACAUUACCCAGCUCCAGAAAACCGUAAUGAUGGAAUAAAAUAUUGGCACAAAAUAACCGACUAGCUAUAUUGUUUCGUAGAAAAUCCAUAAAAUAAAACCCGUCCAAGUGUGUGUCGCACACGCAUCAACUUAACUCUUCCGUAGUACCUAUUAUUAUAAUAUGUAUACAUCAUGUUGAAUAUUUUAACAUAUUUUGUUCGAUAUUGACAUAAUCAGUUAACACGUUUUGUUCGAAAUAAUUUCAGUUCAGAAGUGUUUAUUAAAUGUUUGUAUCUUGAUUUUUCGUUAAAAUUUCGAAUCGCGUGGUUCGGAGACUAUAUUAUAAAUAAGCUUAUAUCAUCAUAUCGCGAAAUAUUCAUCCGGAUAAAAGAUAUCUCGUUUAAUACUUUUGUAAAGGCCUUUCCAACGGCAUCCCGGAAUGCACAAAAAUUCAAUUUACAACGCUCAAUUAUGUUUGUUGAAAACUACUCCUAAAUUUGUAUUUAAUUUUUUUAAUUUUUGAUUACUAUGAAUUGUGCAGAACACCUUAUAGAAUUUUAUGAAAAUCGAUGGACAAAUGGCGAAAAAGUAAAUGCAGUUCGUAAACGUGUCUUGCAAAAUGCAACCGUGUUCAAUCAAAAAGAUAUCACAUUCCAAAACUCGACAGUUUUUGAAAAUAUUUUAGGGUCGGAUAUUUUCAUCGGAUCCAGCGUUCAAUUUUACUGAUUUUUCUGAUUGAUUCUACGUGUUCUUAUUUUCGGAGAUUUAAAUUCGCGUCAAGGAUAAGAAGUCUAUUAAAUUUGAUAUUUUAAUACUAUAGGAAAAAUGUUGCAAUCACAUUAUAAUCGUGUUAAGCUAUCCAACGCGAUUUAAAUAUUUUGGUAUCCAACAAACUUCCAACUGCACACCCGUCGUUCAGUUGUAUUUUGGAAGACAGCGGAAAUAUUGUUUUAUAAUAUUAUCGACGAGUUCUCGAAAGAUCCGUGUGGGACGACUCGUUUUUCUCUCGGAACUCCACCGCGUCCGUCGAAACCAGUUUUUUUUUUUAUCAAACGGUUUUCAUUCUCGUACAUAAUAUUAUACAGGCAUAGUCUAUAUAAUAAUAUAACAUAUUGAAUAAUAAUACUGUGUUAUAGGUGCGAGUUAAUAUAAUAUGGUCGUACGUAUGUACAACGACGACGAACACGGUAUAAUUACGAAAAAAUAAACCGUCCCAUUCAGCGUGAAGUCGCUAGACGCUAUAGACGUUGGGUCGCGGAAGAGUUGAAUAUAGCUGUGAAUUUGUGAAGCGAUAUAAUAUACAAUAAUACGAUACAUAGUGUUGUUAUUUCAUUAAGCAUAUUCAAAUACUCAUUAUUUACGCAUACCAAUUGGCUAUGAUUAAAAGGAAAAAAACAACCUACAUUAUUUUAUUAUAAUAUGCUAAUUUCGUACCAGAGUUUAUUGCCAUAUUAUAUUGUGUUGUUAUAGAUCGAUAAUAUUAUUCAUAUUUUAUUGUUGACUAUUAAGUCGUUUAUGUAUUGUGUAUUUCACAGACGCUAUAGCUUUAUAUAUAAUUAUUUUUAGUCUCGUCACAUAUAUUCUACAUUUGAAUUUCCUUUGGAAAAUGUAUACUAUUGAAAAAUUGACAACCUGUCAUUUACGGUAUUAAGACAAAUUAAUAUAAAAUUUGGCCAGAUAAAAAACGUGAAUAUUAUUAUGACAAAAUAUGUCAAACACUUUUUAUGUCUAGUCAAUUUCGACUGUGCUACUUCCGUUUUUUAAAUGUUAUUACUUAUUGCAAAUACAUUAUACAAGAAUAAAACGAGACAAAAAAAAAAUCAAAAGUUAAUUUUAAACACUCUGUAUUUAACGUGCAUUCGCUUAGGUUAAUUUUAAUAGAAAAAGGAUUUAUCCAAGCAUCACGUAUUAAAUAUAAAGAAUUCGGACAUUAAAAAAAAAAAAAUGGGAUAAAAAAAAAACUAUAUUGUUAAAAACAAAAAUGUAAGAAGAUGGAUGGAGGUAUUUCCUAGAAAAAAAUGAUCCGCGCCCAUUGUUGUUCAACGAUGAUGUUAAUGAAAGAUUUUUUUUUAUUGCAUAAUGUUUUUUAUUUAAUUUUCCCAUAAAACUAUUAUUUUAAACUCCACGAAGCCUACAACUGCGAACCUAUCGAGAUAUAUUAAUUUAUUUAAAAACAAAAAAAAAUACUAUACAAUCGAAUUUUCCGAGACGUGUUCUUGGGUGCUAAUAGCGAUUGCGGAACGAUAAUAGAAAGAAAAGAAAACGUAAUAUACAAUAAUUUUUAACGUGUACGCGUAGAUUUGUUUUGUUUUUUUAAUAAAAUCCUUUUAUCCUUUAAUCCUUUAAAGAAUUAAAACGGUUGGGUAAUGGACCACUCCUUGUCGUCGACGUUCCUACCGGAUCUUUCGGUUUAGUAGUUCGAAACUGAAAAUUUGCUGACACCCCGGGGCACCGAUUCUUUAGCAUCCUUUAAUAUGAAAACAAAUUUGUUUACAAUACCCUAUAGAAUUACGAGCUGCACACUUUUCGUGUUUUACUAUACACUUUGUGUUCUAAAAACACACUAUAUUUUAGACCAUGCUAAACGAGUGUAAACUAUACGGUGGGAUGAAUAUUUCGAAAAAAAAAAAAAAAUCUUAUAAUAUAUUCCAAUAAUUAAAUUAUAAUCUGUCACAUAAUAAUCGUGAUAUUAUAAAGUUACUAUUUUGCGGUGUCUUAAAAGAAGAUUACGACACCCCCUUGAAAUGUGGCCAAUUCACCCGCUCCUAAAUACGUCCCUGGGAACUCGUGGGGUGGAUUUUUUUCAGAUAUUUUUUUAAUUCCCGUCGUCGUCGAUUUCUUUCAACGCGUACCCGCGUACUCCCCAUACACGUCGUCAUGGCGAACCGAGAAGAGGGCCGACUGCGGCAAAGUGUCUGCGGCGACUAUACGGUUCGCAGCCGACAAUGGAAACCAGUUAACCGAUAAGAGACUAGAGGUACGACGAUGUUUCGUGCGCACACGUGUUGCAAUGCGCGUAUACCGCGUGCCCUAAUGAGGAUACAGAGAGACCGUAUAAACGCAUUAUAUAAUUUAUAUUGUGCGUAUGAGUCCCCCUCCCCUCCUCCCUCCCCUCGUCCGUUACUGCGGCGUGUACGCGUACAAUAUUUAUGGUCGCGGGACGACAGAAGAAUUUUUUUUUCUCUUCCCGAGACCAUUAGGUACACCGGAUACUUACCGGCGGUGGCGGCACGAGACGGUGGACGGAAUAUAAAGAACAAUAAUAACAGUAUAAAAAAAUAAUGUCAAAUAAUAUAAUACGUGGCAGCUGCAGCGGCGUAAAUAUAUACGUCUUUGCCGGAAUGUCCGCAAACCGCGACGGUGACAUAUUGCGCGUUUUAUUGAUAAGAAAAGAAGAAGCGACGACGGACGAACAGAGGAUUUCACUUUAUCACGGAACAAUUACAAUAAGUGUGUCGGACGUUAGUGUCGUUAAAAACUCGCGUCAUAUAUUUUUAUUUUAUUUUUUUUUAUCUAUUGUCUCGCGUACGUACAUUUGCCCCCGGUGUAUCGUGGGAAGUAGAAAAAUUAAUUUAAGGAAAAUAUCGCGUGUACGGCUGUGUUAUAAUAACGACAAUUUUAUCGUAAUAUCCCGUGGGAGUCGAUCUCGUACACGUCAUAUUUCAAUAUUAUACCUAUUGCGCGUAUCGCAGUGUUGAACAAUAGCCCCGUUUAUGGGGAGGGGAGGAUUGGGAGGAUCAGCCCCCUCGUGGUCCGUGACUAAGCGAAUACUUAUGGCUAUUACGAUUUCAGAAUUAUAUGCCAUAUGGACUAUACGUAUUUGACAACACAAUUAUUAUUAUAAAUUAUAUCAUAACGAAGUGUUAUAUAUAAAUGAUAGUGUUCAUAGUCAUGUAGUUGAUAAUUAGUUUGCUAAUUAAUAUGCCGAUUUUUGUACUAUUUUUCUUUAUUACUGUGUCACCGAAACAUAAAAACAUUACAACUUCAUCGGAUGAGGUCAUCAAUUAGUUCAAAAAAAAAAAAAAUUUCGAUUUUGUGUUAUAAGUUAUAAUGUAACGUGUUUGACAAUCUAUGUAAUGUUUCCAUUGGUUAUUAAUAAAUUGUAUUGUUACUAUUAGUACCAUUGUAUUGUAAUAAUUACGAAUCUCAACGAAAAUUGCUCGUUACAAUAUAUGGUGUGUGGAAGAUGUGGCUGAGAGAGAAGGGCUUUCUUUGAAAAAUAUCUUAAUAACCCCCUCCCCCAAUCCCCCGUGAAAAAUUUCUAAAUACGGCACCGGUUAUUGAAUAAUCAAAUCUACGUAGUACGUACAAUCGAGGUGUGAAAAAAAAACAGUAAACGAAUUACAAGUCGAAAAUAACAAAAAAUAAAACUCCGUUGACAAUGUUUAUGUAUAUAAAAAAAAAACGUCUGUUGUUGUUUUUUUUUUUUUUUUUUUUUUAUCCGCAGUUUCAGUUGAAUUGUAAUAUAGUGACAAUGCGUUCGGGAUAACUGUAAACACUUAUUUGUACGUACAAUCGGUUGACGGUUUCCGUGCUCUAACCAUUUAGGGCACCGAUGUAAAUUGUGAUGGCGGUGGUGUUUCAAGAAUGAACUCGCCUGACGGUGGUCCACGCAAUUCCUGCGAAACGUGUAUUGACUAUGUCCUUGUCGUCGUCACUGUUGGCGGUCAGCGUAUUUUAUUAUAUUAAAUCACGCCGUGAUAAAUGAUAAAUAAUAAUACGAAAUAAUGGGACGACGGCGUAUACGUUUAACUGUGUUAUACGAAAAUCGUGUAUCUAAGAAAACGAAAAUCGCAAACGGGCACACUGUAUACUUGUAAACGGCUCCGAUUGAGGUUUUCUUUCGUUGCGUCGGCGGCGGGCCGUUAUAAGUUAAUGCCGUUUAAUUCGAAACGCUACUGUCGUGUUCGUGUAAUUUUGGGAUUGUCGAUUUAAUGGGUUUUCGAAAUUUUCAAGACCCAGCUAGCCUGUCGAGACCGCCCAUAACCGGCGGAUACAGAGACGCCCCGCGGUCAGAUUAGGUCAGGUUCGGCCAGCCGAUUGAUUUCGAUUAGAGCCCGCACACGAGUACACAAUUAUUAUAUUACAAGUUAUUACGCGCAGUUUAAAAGGUUUAUAAAAUAUAAUGUACGUAUAUACAGAGUGAUAAUGAUAACGAAAUCGUUUUUCCGGUACAUUUUUCACGGACUUGAAUUUUGCUGAAAAACAUUUAUUAAUUAAUUAAGAAAUUAAUUGAAGAUCGAGAGUGAUUCGAGGCCGAAAUUGUCCAGUUUCAAUGCCGACAUUGACUCACUCUGGUGGCAGACGUGUACGAUAUGAAAAAUCGCAUCGAGUUUCUAUUUAACUUUGAUCACCUGUUUUAAGUAUAGACGACAAAACUUCUUUUCCUCGUAAAAAGUAUUUUUUUUAAUUUUUCCCCGUUCGGUAAAUCUUCUUGAUUACCGACAUUGCAUAAUAAAACAUAUUCGUCACAUGCGUAUGCGUCUGUUUGUGUCGGCGUUUACAAUUCUUACCGUGUAUAUCAUUGAGUUAGCGGGUGUCCGGAGUUAUUUCUCUCUACGAAAUUGAUGGCCCGCAAAACCAAAACGGUGGGAAACCGCCGGGUCGGGUCAGUACGCGGCGGGAACCGUUAUUAUCCAUGGUACGUUCGCGUGAUAUGUGCCGCGUGUAUCGUGAUAAUGACGAGCGCGAUGUGUCUGCAGCGUGCGUGCGCGGUGGUUCCGGGCGACAAGAAUAUUCGUGUUGUUGUUGUUGUUGUUGUUGUUGUUGUGCGGUUAUGAUAAUAACAUUGCGCUAACCGCGCACAACGCGUGGCCCGUUCCGUGAGAGCCGUUGUUCCGUCCCGGUCUCGGCCGGUACAGAUCACCGGGUACGGUGCACAUUAUACGAACCGAUUGUUGUAAGGUCGACCAAAUUGCCUCGUCUAUUAUCGGUAUCAUGGUGAGAUGUAUCGUUGGGCUAUAUAAAUAUGUGCCGGGCCGCGGGAACUCUAUUAAGGGACGGUUGGUUUUUUUUUCCGUUUCUUAAUAGACCUAAAAAAAAAAAAUGUUAAGACCGGAACGCGUCGUUUAGCCGCGGUGUAGCGACGGCGGGUGGGCUUAAGGCGACAACAAUCGUGUGCUUAUCGUUAUUAUUAUUGUUAUUGUUGUCGUUUAACUACUCGGCAUAUAGUGGGCGUUAGUAUAAUAAUAUUCGUUCGGAGUGCACCUAUAAUAUGUGAGACGUGUUAUUAUUUAAUAUUGCACCGAGGCGUAAUAAUAUUGUUAUUAUCAAAAAAAAAAAAACGGCGUUAUUAUUGCGCGGGUGUACCCGAGCCGCGGCCAAGGUCAACUGUAGUUGCAUGUGUGCGAUGUGCCGUUUUAAAAGGCGUCUUGUCGGCGACACCGGCGCAGCAAUUUAUUAUGCGGCAGCGUUUAUAAUAUUUCGUGCGUGACGUGCAAUGCGAACGAAAAGUACACGUAAUAUCAAAAGUAUUUAUCAAUUUCGGACGUCGUUUUUUUUUUUUUAGUAUACCAGUGAUAACACUCGCGCGAAUUUUUCACCCGCGAGAGUAGUGAUGGCGCGACAUAGCAGUCAGUAACGGCGAUGUUUCACCGGGUAGUGUAAAGCGGCAGGUGUACCAUCAGUCUCCGGUAUGAAAACAGCGGCGACCGCUAAUUAUUACUCGUUCGCCAAAGACUGUCGUGAUUUUUUUUUUUAUCGUUUUAUCGCGGUAGCUGCAGCCACCGCUAUUGUCGCUGUUGCCGAAAAAUGUCACAGUUGGCCGUGCGCGCGCGAGAGGGAUUAAACGGCCACGUUGUUUGUAAUACUCUGUUUGUCGUUUGCGGCGACGGUGCUGAAGACCGCCGCGGGCGCGGCACUCGGGGAAGUCUGAUGAUUUUCGCGGUAUCCGAGCGGUGCCUGCGCGUACUAUACACGCCUCGCGCACUUGUUGCACGCCGACAAGACCGUUAUUCGCGCGCGCGUGUUCGUAUAUAUUAUUCAAUUGAAAUUCAUCCGAGACCGCGUAGCCCGCGUGUACAGGCGUAACGUUUUCGAGUAGGCCAAAAACCAUUCGGUAACGAAAAACAUCGUCGUUCCGUCCGAGAAAAUUAUAAUUAAAAAAAAAACUUCGAGAUUUACCGAAAUAGAAAAUUACCGGUGCGUUCUUUAAGUCCCCGUCUGAUUGAAAGUGGCCAUUCAAAACACAUGUAGUUACAACCGUGCGCGCGUAUAUUUUAGAAUGGAAAACUUUCCAUUGCAGUCCUACCGGCCGUCGUGUUUCUCACGAGUGUUAAAACAAUAUUUCGUCCGUAAUUGUGUAAAAAGUAAGACGGCGAUGAGAUUUUCGGUCGAGGUCACUGCCACGCGGAACACAAUCAUCACGUUCCAUAUAAAGUUUCCGAAAAUUUACGAUCAACACAAUAUAGUCUCAUCAAGGUCGCGCGGGUACAUUAUUGUUUUUUUUUUUUUUUCAACGGUUUUGCUGUUGACGAAUAGCCGUUUUUUAUCGUCCAGAAAAUUUCCGAAUUUCUCAUACGUUUGAAUGUAUAAUGUUCUAAUACACGAGAUACAGUGUGUGCAGCCCACGACGACGUGCAUACCGAAUCCGUAUUAAUUAAACGACGCUUUCCUCGUGCCAACUGCCAAGACGUAUUAUUUGACAUAUUAUAUACACACACGCGCGCGCGCGCGUUAAAUAUUAUUAUUAAUCGUCGUUGGCCAUCGGUUUUUUUUUUUUUUUAACGGCUUUCUUCAAAUUCCAGAAAAGAUUACGUUUAAUUCACUGGCAAUCGACGUGUUUACGACAUCGCGUCACUGCACCGUUCGGCAGUUGUAAACUAAUAUAAACUUUCAAAACACAUUCUCUCUCUCUCUCUCUCUCUCUCUCUCUCUCUCUCUCUCUCUCUUUCUCUAUCUAUUUCUAUCUCUUUAAGCACAUAUCAUAAAUAUGCAUCUGCUUAUAGUUGAUUCAAUGUCGAAAAUCGCGUUUGAAUUAAAUUUUUUUUUUUUAAGCGUAUAUAAUACAAAAUAGUAUUAAUUUAAAACCGCAGUUACAUCUAAAACCUGCUUACUCGAAUACAAAUAAAUCUGAAGCUCGACCGACCAUUGUACGGUCGGUAAUAUAUUCUGUGUGAUUGGUAAUAACAAUAUAAUAUGUUAAAUAUUCGAAAUUAAUCACAAAUUGUUUCUACAUUACCGUCGCAUAAUAAUUCAUGACAUAAACGGGUAUGGGUUAAUCGAUACAGUUUGCCCCUGUAUACGACCGCUGACUUCAUACGUCUAAUUGUCGGACUCAUAAAAUACGGUCAACCAAUUUAUGGGUCGUUUUAAAUUAUACGUACAUGAUUAAAACUUAUUGUGUUUUUGUUUUGACACUGCAAUAUCGGAACUAAUCACUCACGUACAAAUGUCUAAUUUACUGCUUAAAUCUUAGCUAAUUGACGGUCGACGAUAUCGUACAAAUACACAGGUAACUCUGUAAAUUUGCCGGCGUGAUAAUGAAUUCGUUUUACUAUAACUACCGAUCGUAAUAAAACGGAUACUUUGAAAUUAGACUCGCGCCCAGAAACCGUAUAAUAAGUAUACCUAUAGUAUAUGUAACUCGCCUCUUAUUGUAAAUUAUUUUGUUAUCAUCGCAGUCGCGUUUAUUGGUCAUUGUUAUUCAAAACGUUUUGCAUAACAAGCAGCGUUAUAUUAUUAUUUCGCUAUAAUUUUUACUAAAAAAAAAAAAAAAAACUAUAGACUCGUCGCGCGCUGGAAGUCCGCGUUAAAGUCGACGAUAGUUUAUUAUUCUCGGGCGUCUCCGUUGUUCGAAUCAAUAACACGUAAAAUUCAAGAACGGGCGGAAAACGAGUUCGCCCUUGAAUUUCCUCGUUUUUUUUUUUUUUUUCGUAAUUAUAAUCAUUAAAUUUACAGUUUACAAAAUUGUACGUUCCGUGCAUUACGUAUCCGACCGGGCACGUGAACUAUUAUAGGGAAAAUAAUGUUCGUAGAUUUUUCGUUUUACCCGCGAUUUCGUAAAAUGGUUAUCGAUUCAUCCGGGCGCGCCUCCUCGGGAGACUCGAAACGCGACGGUCGGGCGAUGAAGGGAAACCGCACUAUCGUAUAUUAUACACAAUAAUCCAACGUCAUUGUUCUCCAAUCAGUUGACCGAGUUUCCUGUCGGCCCGUAUAAACACCCGCGACCGGCUUCCGGCUUUUUCCCCCGAGGAGAACCUAUUUUUAUCCAAUCGCCAUUAUAUAUUAGUCCGGCGAACAACUACCGGGGGGAGAGGGGAGUGGAGGGGAGGACAACAACGGUUGUGCUUUCUCGCGUUUACAAUAUACGAACUUCUAUCGUUUUAUUAACGUACAAUCAAAUUAUUAUCGUCGUGUACCGCGGCCUUUCCGUUGCUUGUCCAUCGUUGUAAGUUUGUGACAUACCGCGGCGACCGCAUUCCGUCUCCGGCGUAUACCUAUACAUUAUAAAUAUAUCAUAUUAUUAUACUCGCGUACACGCGCGCGGUACAACAACAAGUGCACAGAGCAUUCGUAUUUUUCGUGAUUAUUUAUUUCGUAUUAUUCGCGACGAUCGAUUGGCGUGUAUUACAAUUGGUGUUAUUAAACAAUGUUUUCCGUGUACGGUGAAAAUCGUCCGUAUAUUAAUAAUAAUAUUAUUAUCACACGUAGGCACUCGUACGUAAUACGCGACCUACGCAAAUCAAUUCGUGUAUACACGUUUACGGGUAAUAUAUAUAGUGCGUAAUCACGCGCGGUCUUCGACGACUAUAAUAUAUUAUAAAUCGGAGAUAGUACAUUAUUAUAGCUAUCUGUAAUAAUAUAAUAGAAUACGUCAUUACGCGACGGCCAAAUAAAAAAUCAGUCACUUUUAUUGUUAUUAAUUUCUUUUUUCUUCGGACUUUUUACGCGCGCGAAACAAAAGAAAAAAAAAAACAAUAACGCCGCGGUCGGACGCGACAAUGAUGACGAUAUAAUAAUAAUAAUUCUGUACGGUAUACAAAACAUCGUCAGAAUAUUCUGUAUUUCGCACGGGGGAGCUCAUUGUACACGCAUAAUAGUGUAGGUACCUUGCAGUAUCCGAUCCUCGUGGUUAUAACAAACCCGAUUCCACAAAACAUUUUCUCCGCGAAACCGUUCAAUUAAUACGAGUUUUUUUUUUUUGCACCGACGUAUACGGCCGGCGCAGUAUUAUAGUUAAAAUCGAAUUAUAAACCGUGGAAAAACUAGUUAAAUACAUCUGCGUACCAAUAAAACGCCGACUGAUGUAGUUUUUUUUUUUUUUCAUUCUUUUCUCUCAACAAAACGAUAUUAACAUAAUAUUCACCUUGAACUUUUCGCGAGACCGCGGUGUCCUAUCGCGGUGCCGUAUAAAAAACGUAUGCUGUAUACCAUACUGUAUUGCCUAUAUAGGUAUUAUAGGUACCUACUGAAAUUAUAUUAACGAUUUAAUAAAAUAAUACGAGUGAAUACAGACUUGACAACGCCUACGAAAUCGCGGAGGAAAAAAAACUGGAUAAUGGGCUAGAUUGCUCCAUUAUUAUUUAUUAAAUACGUCCUUCGGUCGACGUUUGAAUAGCGAAUAUUAUAUACCUGCGCAUUAAUUUAUUUUCAUAUUUAAAUCUACAAUAUAUUAUAAUCUAUAUGCACCUAGGCAUGUUGUUUUAUUAUUGUGCGUAGUUGUUAUUCGAUGACUAGAAUAAUAACAAUCGAUAACACCGAUCUCUGGCAAAUCCCCGAGCAUUUUUCAGUGCUGGGCGGGUUAGGAUAAAUGCUUGAACAUUUUAACGUGUAUUUAAAAAAAAAAAAAAAAAAAAAACAAAUCAAUUGAUCGUUUGUUUUUGUGGCGGGCGGGAACGUGUGAAUCGUAUUUUACCCCGAGAAUUUGAGUAUUACAUGGUCGGACGCCAUCGAUAACGAUGUAAAACACAAACAAUAUUAUAAUAUUAUAGUAAAUGCGGAACACGCACAGACGUAGAGAUCGAUGAAAAUACGGAAUUUUACGCGUUUGAUUUAAAAUCGUAUUUAUUAAAUUGGAUUUCGUUUUCAUCUCGUCUUUAUAGGUAUAUUAAAUAAAUACGUAUUCGAUUUGUAUUUGAACGCGUACCACCUAUACUGUACAUAAGGGAAUGGUUUCAAUAAUACUCACGAUGUUCGGUUCUCGGUCCAUAAUAAUUAUUUAUAAUUUUUUUGUUUUUUUUUGUUUCAGCGAUUGUAAUGCAUUUCGUCUUUCUGGCGGCGUUCUUUUGGCUCAACACGAUGUGUUUCAAUAUUUGGUGGACGUUUAGGUGAGUCGAAAUCAACAAAUAUAUUAUUACUAUUAUUAUUAAUGCGUAUUUUGUAUAGGGGUCCAAUAAUAUACCGCGCAUCACGAUGUAGAUUACUAAACAUAAAUUAUUAAUACAUACCUGCAAACCGCGUUUAACGCGAGAUAAUAAGUAAUUUCACGGUGUAAUCGCUUUAAUAUAGUAUUGUGAAAAAAAAAAAACCAAAAACAAUUCGAAAAUAAUCGAAACGGAAGACCCAAAAUAUUUGUUUUUUACCGACGAAAACGACGGCGGUGGUAGGCACUGAAUAAUACUAAUUUCAACCUCAUAUUUCUGGGCGUGAUAAUUUAUGUCGUGUACUCAACAUAAAUUUAGGUACGCGUUUAUAAUAAUUACAUAUACGAAGUACAACAAUAAUAAUAAUAAAAAAAAAAAAAAAUAAAGUAGCCCCGGGUUACAAUAAUAAAUGAUAUAUACGGACCUCGUAUUUUGUUUUUUUACCCGUCUCUAAUACUAUACCGUUUUCUAUAUCAUACCCAAGUAAUACGGAAUACGGAAAAAAAAAAAAAAAAAAAAAUAAUAAUAUAAAACGCACUUUGUCUCGGCGGUGUAUAUAAUUGAAUAGGCAUCAUAUGCGCACGUAUACCCCGAGACAACAGUAAUAUCGAGUUACGAAAGUGUAUUUUCACCGUAGGUGCAGCAUAUUAUUAUAAAAUAUUAUUCCCACGGUGUACCGAUGUACUGAGCGAUUCGGUUUUUUUUUUUUUUUUUUACUUUUGUGUUCCGCGUACGAUUUCACCCUUUUAUAAACCAAUCGAUACGGUAGGUUUCCCCUCCGUCUCCGCCGUUCCCGCGACAUUCAACGGCAAUAAUAAUAUUUAUUGAAUUUCCAACUUAAAAAUUAUUAUUGCAUUACGAUCGGUUGGUAGAUCACGGAUCGGCAGAGAGAGACGUUGGAUAUUUUUGUUAAAAUUGGUUCGCGAAUUCGUAUCAUACGGGUAUCCGAGGCUGUAAUAUAACUGGCGGGUCCGGUGAUGUACUUAUUUCAACGUGGAAAAAUAUGGGUGUACAGUAGGUGCGUAUUCUAUAGGAGUCUCCGUUUUUGUGUUAACGUGUAAUGAAAUGAAUUUUCGUAAUAUGUAACGGGAUUAAGGCCCGUGCAGUAAAACUAUACACUCGAAUACCCGUGUAUUGAAUAAUGAAAAUCGUAAAAAAAAAAACACGACAUUUCGCGAACUAUUCGGCGGUCCGUAUGAGCACGCACCCGACUAUAUGUGUGACAGAAACAAAUAUAUAUACAUAAAAUUUAAAUUAACAUACACUCGAAUAAAUACACGGUUGUCGGGGAAAAAUACACGGGCAACGGGAAUCAAAUACACGUAGGUAUAACGGAUAUUAUUAUUUUCGUUUAUUACGCAUACUUAAGAUCCAUGUACACUGUGCAUGACCAUAAACAUGAGUACAUAUACCUAUAUGUUAAAAAAAAUUGUAAACCCGCCCUUGAAAUCGUUUUUAGCAACUAUUAUGAUAUCAAUGAAAUGUCUCCACUCCUCUUAAAUGAACUUUAGAUCCUCUACUGUAACUAACCUAUAGAUUACACUGUCUACACUACUACUAGGAACACCGCAAGUAGAAACGCCGUCAUUUUUUAGAUUUUCGUCAAAAUUAGAACCUAAAACGCUUAUAAAAAUCUACUACAUUAUGCCCGAUUUUUUUUUUACCCGUAUGUACAACUAACGAUGAACUUCGUCUCAAAUUUUCGAGCAUUUUUGUUCUGCCCGAAUAAUCAUACCGACAUAAAAACUAAACGAAAAUUCGAAAAUAUAAAAUCGUCAGAAUGUUUUAAAUGUUUUACCACGUUUAGAAAGAACUAAUAAAAUAUGCUACGAGAAUUUCAUGAAUUUACAAUUAAUAUUUUUAACCGAAUUACGCCAAAAGAAAAAAAAUAAACGAAACCGUUUUCCCGUUUUUUUACCAAUUGUUGAAAAACGACCUCUCAUUGCAUCAACUAAACGAAAUUUGAUUUUUAGAAAAGAUGCUACACUUAAUGAUCGGAGUAAGGUUGGUGAUAGAAAAGUUGUUAACAAACACAAAUAAACAUAAAUACCUCUCAUCACGGUAAAACCAAUACGUACAUUUCUCGCUACAGCGUUCAGAAUCUAAAAUAAGAAUAACGAGGUCGAACCGGCCAUGUACACUUAAUCUAUAAGUGGAUAAACACUUACAUAGGUACUUAUAAGUAAUAAAUUUUACCGAUAUCGUUAACGCGAUCUCUCAUUAAGUGGAAUUUUGUCGGUAACCUACACUAAUUUAAUAGUCAAAAUCGUAAGCAAAAUUGACACACUUGGUCAAGAUGAAACUCGGUUUAACAUAACAUUAUGAAUUUUCAGUUAGUCGUCGAUUCUACACAAUCCAAUGAAGACUGCUGACACGCUCUGGCCAUUUCAUUUAUUUUGCUCGAUCGCAUUUUGCAUGGCGGUGAUGAUAUAUGUAUAGGUAUUGAUACGAAUAGUUUGUAAACUAAACCAGUGGACAUUUAAUGAUCCGCCGAAACGUUAGAGGAAUAGUAUUAUCAUAUUUCAUGCGCAUUUAAUUAUUUGGUAUUCGGUAUUUAUAGGACUUUACCUCUUUCGGAAACCUGCUCUACCUAGUACCUAUAUUAAAUGAAUACCGUCGCCGAACAAGGAACUGGCAAAGACCUUAUAUUUGUGUUUCUUUAUUUCAAAUAUAAACGAAUGUUUAUUAAUGAAGAAAAAAAAAAAUCGUGUAAUUAUAUUAUAUUGUUAUAUGCUUCUAAAUACCGUGCUGUUUUUGACGAAACGGUACUCUCGUUACUAUUAAAAUGUCUGCAUACCGAUUACCCAUACAAUUAUAAAAUAAUUAUUUUAGUAAAGCUAAUUAUGUCGAUGUCACAGAUAAAUUGUAAUUAACUGAAAAAAAAAAAUAAAAUAAACAAGUUCGAUAAAAUCUGCUUCGUUGGUUUUGAUUAGAUUUGAACGACAUCGGACGUAAUAAUAAUUACACAAAUACCGCUGAAUUUGAAUAUUUUCAAUAUUAUGCGUUACGCGGUGAUAUAAUUGUAUAAUCAACCUUAAAUCUAUUUAUCGUCGAUAAAGUAAUACAUGAAACUUUAGUUUGAUAAUGAAGCGAUUCGGUCAAUUGUAUACUAUGUUGUAAAAAUCGUAUUCAAUCACAUUUUAUGGGUUUUUUUUUCAUUUUUUAAGAUAAAUACUUUAAUUUUAGUUGGCAAAUAAAAUUAUAAUUUGUGUGUUUUAACGUUGUUUAUAAUAUAAAGAAGUAUCUUUUAUAUACAAAUUAUUAUCUACUUAUUGUAUAUUAUUUACAUACCGGAUUUAUUUAAUGCUGCAGUCGUGAUGAUAAAAUAAUAAUAAAUUAUUUUUUAUACGACGACAAUAAUUGUACGCAGAUCUGGAAUUAAUUAUAAUUGCAACAUUUAAUAAACAAAAAAAAAAAAAAAACCAUUCCUAUAUAAUUCAGUAGACAUUUCACUUUAAAAUCAUCACAGAUAUCAUAUCAAUAUCACGCGUGUGAAUAGAAAUUGAGAUUAUAAUCAUUCAUUUUACAGUCGUACAUUUAAGUGGUAACCUCGAAUGGCGAUUCGUCUACGAUGUUAAACUAGCUCAAUAGAUAAUUUAUCGAUAUUUUUUGCAAAAACCUAAACGAAUGCAAAUGGAAAACCGAUCAAAGAUAAAAUAAAUCGUUCGAAUCAUCUUAAUUUCAAUUUUUGUUAUUUGAAUAAACGAAUGAGCUGUGGUAAGAAAAAAGUUUUUCGUGUAACUCCCCCCCCCCUCUUUCCCCUAAUUAAAAAUGUCUAGAUCUGCAGGAAACAGGGAAACCAUAAGUAAAAAUUGCAUGAGAGACAACCCCAAUCAAUAGACGGAAAAACCAAAUUUGAUUUAAAAGCAUAACUUAUUAAUAAUAUUGUUUUUAAAAUUUAAAACAAUAAUAAUAACUAUAAACUAUCGGUGCAUUCAUUUAAGUUCACCUACAAUUUUUUUACAUUAAUUUUUACACGUACGUAAUACAAAUUGCCAUUUUCUUUAAUCUAUUGAGAGGAAAGUCGUCUCUUUGCCUUUAUGGCCACCUUGCAUAUUCAUCGAUUCUAUUCCUAUUUUCUAACAAUACAGAAAUUUCCUUUUGAAAAUAAAGAUAGUUUCAUCUUCUUCAUUUUGUUCCUGAAGUCUGUUAAAUUUUAGAUUCUGAGUGAAGUGAGAAAUGUAUUGGUUUUAUAAUGAUAUGUUUAUUGUUUUUUUUCUAUUAAGAACUUUUCUAUCGGAAAUUUUGCUCCAGUCAUCAAGUGUAGCACUUUUUCUGAAAGAAAAUUUCCCUGGGGUGGUACUCUAAUGAGGUCGUUUUUCAAUAUUCUCAGGGGUUUUCAUAACAAAUGGGAAACGCCGGGAAAAUUCAUGAAGUGUAUUAUUUUCAAAUCGUAAAUAUGACGUAUGUAACCGAACUCCGUUCAGAAUCGUUUUUCAUUAGCAAUAAUUAAUCGUUGCGUACGGAUAUACAUUCAAUUUCCCCUCUACCUUUCCAACUUCUCACCGACAACAGUGGCCCACGUUUCGUCGUGCGUGUAUGUCCAUUUGUUUUUAAUGUCGAAAUUGUAAAACUGUAAGCGCAGGCCAUUGCCAGUAAAGUUUGACAAAAAUACUCGUUUGAAACAUUAUUAGGCGUGUAAUAUAUUAUAUUUUAAAAACAACGACCGGUGUCAGAAAUCUGUCGAGCACGUCGACGUUUUCAUAUCAGAAAAAAGAAAAAAGAAAAGAGACGAAUCAAUGAGCGCUAAUGGUAUCUAUUUUAUUUUAUAUAUAUUUAUUUUUUUUUUUUUUUUUCAUUCCAGAGAUCUGAGGCCCGCCAAUUUGGACAAAGGCCAAGAGGCCUGCAGGCUCAGACUGUACCAGCUGUACGCGUGGGGCGUGCCCUUGGUGAUCGCUACACUCGCCGCCGUCUUGGACCGUAUACCGCCGGAUCAAUAUAUAUCAUUAAUUAGACCCAAAUUUGGUGAACACCGUUGCUGGUUUUAUGGUAAGUAACACCACUAGUAGUAAAGACAUGGUAUUCUUCUUCAGAUAUUAUAGUUUUUUUUUUUUUUUACAACCAAAUAAUGUUAAUAAUAAUUUCAUAAUAAUACAUUAUCCCCCUACUAUCAGUACUAUAGUACCAAAGUACCAAUCAAAACCCGUUAUUCUGGUUUUCCGUCUUUAUUUUAAUACCAGUUACGUAGUAUUUGGGACGAUUUUCCCGUACAUUUGAUUAAGUGUAUUUUAUGUUAAACUAUUAUUAUUUUUUUUUUUUUUUUUUUUCGUUUUCGUUUAAUAAUAAUUACAUGUGUAUUGUCACUAUGAAAAAAAAAAAAAAAUUAUUAUUACAUAGAAAAUGCGCUAGCCUUAACAAUUAAAAAUUCCUCUUUGAUGUAUUAACAGAAAAAAAAUACUCAGCAAACGAGAAAGUAAAGAAUUUUCGGCGAACCUCGUAAACAAUAGUGAAUUUUAUAAAAAAAAAAAAAAAUUAUACAGCUAAUUAUAGAGUAUUUAAACAAAAAUCGAAUAUUGGUAAGUCAAAAAAAAAUUAUAUAGUACAUGACCUUUUAGACCUUAAAAUUUACUUCUUUCUUUUUCAUUACUUAUUUUCAUCAUCUUUAAUUUGUUAGUUGGCUCACGAGUCGCUGUAACUUAAUAAACUUUGAUGAUUUAUUUUCAUUUAUUAUUCGAGUUUUAAAUAAGUUUAACAUUCAUAUUUUGCAUUAAACACUUGCAAAUAACUGGUUAGCUGGCCGCUUUCUUAUUUAUCAUAUCUUUCCACUGCCAGAUAAUUUAUUUUAAACGAUUAUAAUAAUAUGUACUCAAAUUUAGUUAAGAUAAUGAGCUAUCUCCCGUAUUUAAGGGAUUGCGUAUAGACAAAUUUUUCUACAUUUUCGAAAAAAUUAUAUUUCAUCCAAUCAAAAAUAUUCAAAUUUGCUCUAUUUCAAAUAUAUGUACUCGUAUAAGUAGUCUCGUGCCAUUAUCACAAGUAUUUAUUGUGUAAGUAAUCAUUGAACUAACAAACAUGUUUACGAAAAAUCGUUUAGCGCUGGCACAAAUUUAUUCGGGCUGAACUAAGUCAGUUCAAAUACCAAAUUUUCACCAUAACACAAUGAGAACUUGCACUGUUCGACUUUGUUUUUAAUUUUUCAAUAUAACUAUUAUGAAAUAAGUUAUUCGAGUUUGAAAAGCUGAAAAUCAUCAAAUUUUUAAACAACAAUAGUUAACUUUUUUUAUUGUAUUUGUAACAACGGAAUAAAACCAACGUCGCACAGUGAAAGUUUUCCUACUUUUAUGGUAGAAACAUUAUUUCUUUACUAAGACUAUAGCCCGAGCAGUUUUUUCGCGCUCAUAACGGUAUUCACAGUCGUAUUACGGGCAGUAGCACGGCCUGCUCUUAAUGAGUAUACCAAAUAACUAUUGUCAUGACAGUACGAAAUACAUUCGCGAAGAGGGAAUGGUCAACAGUAAACAAACGAGCUUGUUCAUAAUAUUAUAAAAAUUAAUCGGGUUGCCGGUUCAAAAAAUUAUUGAAGUAGUAUUUUACUAUAUACCUGCUAAAUGAUAAUCAAUACAAAAGCGAUAUAGGUAUUAGUGAAAGUGAAUAUUUAAAACUCUAGUGGUCCGUAUUUUAAUAUAGGUAAUGUAUAGAACCCAGUGAUUCUCGUCGUUAUUAUUUUCGUUUAAACUCAAGGUGUACCAGUGCACCUUGUACGGGUAUCGUUUAUUUUCGUGAUAAUAUAGUAUUGUCUGGUUCGAAAAAAAAAAAAAAAAUUAUUAUUAUUAUAUCUAACUGCGCUCCAUCUGCGUCUAUUUUCGGACAAAAUAAAUGCAAUAAUUGUUCGUGUUUCGUUAUAUUUUAGGUGACGCAGAGGUCCUGUCAUAUUUCUACGGUCCUAUCGGCAUUCUGUUAAUGAUGAACCUAACGUUGUUCGCGGCCACGGCUAGAGAACUCACGUGCGGCUUAUGGAGAACCGAAGUGGUGAAAUCAACGAGCGAAAGGUAAGCGGAUAAACUACGAUUUGUUAAAAUACAAAAUAAUAAGCAUGUAAGUUUGUGUCACGUUUUGCGCUAAAUGUAUUAUCGAUAUCCUCCAGUGUACAUGUUUGGGCCCAGAGAUGGAGGACUCAAGUCAAUUUUGUUUAGUUUUCUGUACAAGCAAAUUAAAUUUUGAAAAAUUACCGAAUGACGUAGUGACAUAAUAGUAUUAAUUGGUAAAUGGCUAAUUGUUACUUAAUGGCCUAACUAUAGGCUUUCUAAAGUUGUUUAAGUCAUAUGACUGUGCCCUAUUUUUUGCCGAACGAAAAGUACAUCAGAGUGACGUGAGAUAUUUCAAAUAGACAUGUACUGAUAGUAUGUUUAGACCGAAAAGUAAAUGGUUAAAAAUAGCAUCAUAGACAAUUAUAAUUUUUUUUUAAAAAAAUUGCCAACAUUGACUUUAGUCCUUCUUCCCCGGAACCGCGUAUAUAUACGUACAUAAUUACGAUCCACGUAGAAAAUGACGAGCGAAUAUUUAUGAAAAAAAAAACACGACGGAUUUGUGUUGACAAAUAAUAGUUAUUAUUGCUAUAAGUGCUUAAAAAACCAAAGACAUAAAUCUCGUGAAACGGAUUCGUGUAGUGUCUAUCAUUUGUGCCAAUGUUAAAUCCACCUAUAUUUACAAGAAUAUUACGAAUGACAACAGUUUGUACUUGUUAUAUUAUUUUUGUUGUCAUAGACAUUACUAUUUUGUCAAACGGAAUUGUACGGGGGAAAACAGAAAAAUAAAAGAAAGAAAUAAACCGUAAUAAUUCCCUUAGUAGACCGUAAACGCCGGCAGUCAAACGAUAUUUUUAUGCGAUCGAAAUAAUAAUAAUAAUAAUAGCAAGAUUGGAGGUCAAAUAAACGCGAAGGCAUGAAAUUACUUUGAGUAGGUAUUAUUUUUUUUUUUUCGAGGUUAUUCGUUUAAAUAUCGUGAAUUUUCGAUACAACGUUUAAAUCUGGAGUAAUAAUAGUAAUAGUAAUUGUUCGAUAUCGCGAACAUAUCUAUAAUAUUCAGAGUUCGGGUCGUGUAAAACGCCUCACAAUACGUGUAACAACUCUCACGAAAUUUCAUCGUCGGCUCUUAAAAAACUUUGCACCAGUACUCACGCUAUUCACGCUCGUCUUGUUUUCCGCGAAAUAGUCAAUACGACGCUUGCGCACACUAAAAGUCGUAUCGCAAAACCACGUUGACCGUCGUCAACGUCGGGUAUAUUAACAGUUCCCCGGCGUGUUCGUAAAAACGUUCUGCAAUCAUAUUACAUAUUAUUAUAUUGUUCGAAAUACCAACGCAACAGCGACCUCUAUCAAUUGUUAUUAUAACGAGCGUUUAUUCGUGUUUUUUGCAGGGCCACCCUGGGACGCGUGUGCCUGAAACUGGUGAUCGUGAUGGGCAUCACGUGGGUGGUGGACGUGCUGUCGUGGGUGAUCGGCGGCCCGGACUACGUGUGGUACGUGACGGACCUGAUGAACGCGCUGCAGGGCGUACUGAUAUUCAUAGUGGUCGGGUGCCAGCCGCAGGUGUGGAUGGCGGUGCGCAGGAUGUGGUGCCUGAGGUCGGACAUCCCGUCGGACGGCGGCAACGCCAGGUCGUCCACGUCCAACGCGAUGCCGUCCACCGUCAACGAGUCGACGCUGUCCAAACCGGUGGAGACGCUGUGCUGA